GGGGGACCUUUGAUCCACAAGAUAGCAGCAGGAGAUCAUCAGGUAAAACCUUCCAAGCUUUUUUCUUUUCCAUCUCUUAAUUUGGAUAUGAGCUUCCAUGAAUAUGUUAAAGGAUCAGGUCAUGCUGUCUCCAGUUAGGAAUCAUCAUUCAUUUAUUAAAGGAUCACUAUAGGGUCAGGAAAACAAACAUGUAUUCCUGACCCUAUAGUGCUAAACCCACCAUAUAGGUGGCUUGCCCCUCCCACUCCCCCCUCCCCCCCAUCCCCACUAUAAAAGUUUAAAACUCACCUGGCACGCCGGCACUGGCUCCGCCCCAUUUGUGACAUAAUCAAAAUGGCCAAUUUUUAGCCAAUCCAAUGCUUUCCCAUAGGCCUGAAGGCAAUGAUUAUACUCACCAGAACAACUACAUUAAGCUCUAGUUGUUCUGGUGACUAAAGUGUCCCUUUAAAAAAGUUUUUAAAAAUACAGUGUUAGUCAUACAAAAGCUAAAUAUGCAUUGUUUGCCUUAUUUAAAUUGCAGACAUGUUAAUUUUUCAUCUAUUAUACUCAGUCCAUUUAUUGUGCUUUUUUUUUUCUUUCUCUCUGGUUUACAACUGAUUUGCGUCCUAUCUCAUUUGUAGUUUAUGGAUCUGUAGAAUAACUCCUUCCAUUUGUGCUUGACAUUUGAUAAUGGUAUUAAAGUUCAACAGAUUGAGAUAAAAAGAGAACAAGGAGCACAGACUUCUAGAUUAUGAUAAAAGCUUCAGUUAAAGGUCAGGAUUUUUAUGGUUUGCAUGUACUGUGUAUUAGGUAAAAACAGUAGCUAACUGUCAUAUAAUUGUAACCUAUAGAUUAGGACCAAACAUAUCAGUAAACUCUUUCCUUAUUCAGCAGAACACACUGUAAAUAUGCGUGCAGUGUCCUGUGUUCUGCUGAUGUAGUAAGGAACAUAUUGCAUAUUUGUAUCUCAUAGUCAUAUAGUAUAUAGAUACAACACACAAAAUGUAGCGCACUCCACUUUAAACUAACGUUAAACCUCACACAUAUUUUAAAAACACCUGACUUGCCUAAAAAUAAUGGGUAUUUAGAGGGUUAUUCACUAAAGUGAGAAAUGUCGAGAAUUUGAAGUGAAUUUAAAGUUUCAGGGCAAAAUAGUCGAACUGGAAGCAUAGGUGACUUGGAGAAUUUUUCCAGUUUGUUUACUUAGGAAUUGGAAUUCAAAUUUCACGUGAUUUUCAAACUUAAAGCCAGACAAUUCUCACCUUAGUGAAUAUGAAAAACCAUGUUAGUUACAGUAUACCAUCAUAUGUUGCAUAAGUCUGAAACAACACCUAGGUUCUACAUAACAUGUUCUACACAAGUUCUAUAGCAACCCAAUGUAUGAUCUUAUGAGAUGAAUAACUCUUAGGGUGGUUUACGGAUUUAUGGGAAGAUACCUCCCCUGAUUUAUCAGCUACUCCCUCAGAAAAAGCAUCCACAGAUAAAACGACACACUGACCUCAGGAUAUAUUACAAUGCAAAACCAAAACAAAGCCAAGUAUUUGUGUUAUGUGUUGUUCGGUAACAUGUUUUCUCGUUUUUUUUAUUUACUUAAGUGGUGAGUACACAGCAUGUGCAACAGGGUGUAUGGGUAAUGAGUAUACUCUGUGUAAAGUGUUUAGCCUUCCAAAAUAGAAGCAGACAGCAGAAUGUGGUGAGUGGCACAGCACUGGUGCUAAACACUCUGCAGCCAAGCAAGAGGUGUAAGUGGAGGGACGCAGGAAGGAGAGAUAGGCCACUCUAAUUGAAGGAACUCUAUUUGACACUCGUGGCACUGGGCUUGCAGCCGAACCCUAAUAGAUGGGCCUGUGAACUGUCUGAGAUGGGAAUAGGCUAAAUGCCCAGCUGAGUCACUGCCUGUAUGCUACCCAUGGCUAAUGGAUCACGUAUGCAAUACAUCCAUCAUAUCCAAUGCUUAAUCUUGAUACACUCUGAAGCUUCUUGCCUCAUGCAACACUAAAUGGACUUUUCCUUUAUGUUCCUGGAGCUGCCUGGGGUGGUUUGCCUUGUAGUUGCCUACUCAUGUACUCACAACUUGUUUAUAUUAUUUUCUCACAGUUCACUCAUGCACUCAGAACAUGUUUGUCUUAUUAUUGUUUACUCAUGCAUACUAUUAUUUAAAAUUUCCUUUUGCAAAAGUCAGUGCAGUAUACCCAACAUUUCAUGUGACAUCUUGCAUCAUUUCUUAACGUACAGUCUCUUGUUGCAAUGUCCAUACUACGCUUGUAUUUGUUUACUAUGCACUGAAAAACCUAAAAAAUUAAGACCGUAAAAAAAAAUCCAGAAUUGUUGGUGGGCCAUGAAAACUGGUUUGGGAACCAAGGAUAAAAGAAGAAAAGAACGUGCAUACAAAAUAAACAUAAACACUUUCCAUAUAAGUGCAUUACAUAAAUUAUUUGGGCACUGGGAUACUUACAUUUACAACAGUUAUAUUUAAAUAUAUUUUUAUACACUUCACUCCAUCUAUUAAAUGGGCAAUAUCUGGCUUUUAUGGGUCGAUAGAAUAAAUGCAAUAGAUGCAAUCGGCACAGUGAUAUUACCCAAGCUUCUAUAUGUUUUCAGAAAUAUCUCAAUGUUGUUCCCAUCUUCCUUUUAUCAUAGAUAUUUCAUAGAUAAAUUCUUUUGAAUUUGUUUGGAAACAGAAGAGAGCACAUAUUGCAAACUCUUUGUUACUACGUCCCAUUGUGAAAUGUGUUAUGGUAAUGUCUAACCAGGGCCAGAUUAACACAGUGUCUGAUGAAGCUGAAGCUCCAGGCCCAUGCCCAUGGCAUAGACCCAUUGCUCAAAAAAAAAAAAAUAUAUAUAUAUACCGUAUAUACUCGAGUAUAAGACGAGUUUUUCAGCACAUUUUUUGUGCUGAAAACCCCCCACUCGUCUUAUACUCGAGUCACUGUCUGUAUUAUGGCAACUUAUAUUGCCAUAAUACAGACAAGGACCACGGGCUCAUUAAAAGCCCGGCGGUCCUGUUGGGGGCUGCCAGAGAGCUGUUACCUUUUCUGCAGCUCCUGUCAGCUCCCUUCUCUCUCCUCUGGUCCGUUCAGCUCCCCUGUCAGCUCCACUGUAAGUGUCGCGAGAGCCGCGGGGUCAGAGCUCUGCGUGGCACACAGACCGGGAGACUUACAGGGGAGCCGACCGGAACGGAGGAGAGAGAAGGGAGCUGACAGGAGCUGCAGAAAAGGUAAGUUACAGCUCUCUGCCAGCCCCCCUUCUACACAGCCCAUGCCACAGCCCAGACCACCAGGGAAUGAGAGCCCCUCUCCCUGGCCAUGUAUCAAGCAGGGAGGGGGGACAAAAACAAAAUCGAAAUAAAUAAAAAAUUUAAUAAUAAUAAAAUAAAAUAUUAAUAAUAUAAAAAAAUAAUAUUAAAAUAAUAAUAAUAAUUUAAAAAAAUUAAUAAAAAUGCCCACCCCCCACCAAGGCUCUGCAUCACACACACAAACACUCUGCAUCACACACACACAUGCAAUUUAAUCAAGGAAUAGCCCUACAUUCCAAGAAAAUCACUGUGGCUGACUGUGUUUAAUCAGCCAAGAUAAUGUAAAGGGCUGUGUAUGGCUCUCACUGUGAGCACUGCACACAGCUCACCAGUCAGUGUAGGGCCAUUAAAUAUGACAAAGGGUAUUUGCAGGUUUUCAUUGACACCUGGAUCACUUCAGUGCAAGCAAUACCCUGCUCACUCCUAAAAUGCAGGAUAUCCCAUGCCACCUAAGGGUGUUUAAUGCCCAGGUAGUCUAGGAUACCAUGGACCUUCCUAAAGACGUUACAGGGUAAAGUCAGACUCAUGUAAGAAAAAAACAAAAAAAAAACAGCAAAGUAUUAUGGUUUUACCGAAUGAAAAUAAUUUUCAACAUGUACAAACAAAGGAAUGGGUAUGAGUUAACAUAGCUGAGUAACAUAGCUGAAAAGAGACAUACAUCCACCAAGUUCCGCCUUUCUCAGAUUUGUAUUUGCUAUAGAUCCAAAAGAAGGCAAAAAACUCAGUUCAAAGCACUUUUUAAAUUUUUAACAAACUAAGAAAAAAUAAUUUCUUGACCACAGAACAUAUAGAAGAGAAUGAGGUGGGGCAUAUCCGGUUGACUGAGCCGGUGUGAUAGGAGAAGAUGUCUUAUCAGUAAAUAAGUAAAAAUUUAUUUGGAGGGGAGCAGAUGUUGAGAAGCCUAAAAAGGCUAUAAGUGAGUCGCCCUAGAGCAGUCUUCGCAAGUUGAUAAUGCCUGCCUUAGUGCCUUAGCCAAAUAUGGAUCUUUAAAUCAGGUGUAUGCAGUUGCCUGGAUGUGAGAGGUACAAAAUAUAUGUAGGAACAAGGAGUCUGUAUUUUAAAUACUCAGGCUCCCUAAAUUUGGAAAACCAGCCAGGUAGAAUAGAACAAUGUCUGGUGCUCCCAGGCCUCCUUCAUUUGCGUGAGUAAUUGUAAACUAUAAUGCAUACAUGCACUGAUACUUCAUUAAAGGGACAUUUUAGGCAACAUAACCACAGCCACUCUGUGUUGUGAUUAUAUUGUCUAUUCUCUCUGGGUUAAUCUCAACACAGCUCUCUCUCUCACCUCCUCUCUCUUCCCUGCCAGGGGAGUCGGAGCAGGAUGUAACGAGUAGGCAUAUGCAAUUCGUUUUGUUCCGAAUGUAAAUUCGAACGAAUUUCAGCAAUUCAGACAUUCUGAUAGGGUUAGGAGUAGGGUUGGGCUUAGGGGUAGGGAAUUGCCGAAGUCCCUAAUUGCCAAAGUCACGAAUUUCGGAACUGCAGAAUUGCCAAAGUCCCAAAUUUCGGAAGUGCCAAACCUAAUUGCCGAAGUCCCAAAUUGCCGAAGUCACGAAAUUCGGAAGUGCUGGACCGAACCAAAUUUUUUGCCCAUGCACAUCCCUAGUAACAAGUAAUCACCUACUUUCAGGACGACAGCUACAUGGGGGAACAGCUGAUUUUUCAGGGGCCAAAUCCAGUGCACUGAUAGAGAGCCAUUCCAUGGAUCAAAGGCCAUUACUGUGAGGGCAUCUCAGAAGACCCCUCAAACUAGUGCAACUUGAGGCUGUUGCACAGGAUGCACUUUUAGUAGCUCUAUGUUAAGGCACACUGCUGAAAAUUUUAAAAAGCAGAUGUCCCAGGAGGCUCAAACUCCUGCGAGAUGCCACGUAUUGAAAGUGUUGAUGACUCUGACCUGAUCUGUCAGUAUAAGGUGAAAAGAUAGUUACAUCAAAAGUAACUCUAGAGAAGAUUGUGAUUACAAAUAGGAGAUACAAAGUUCAAAUGAUGAUAACUAAAUAUGUACAUUUUCUAACAAGUCAAUGUUCACAUAUUAGACUUCUUUUUAGGUUAUCUUCAUUGUUAAUAUUUUUUGGUGGGGCAAGGGGAUAUUGAUAAUCCCUAGUACUGCAAAGGACACAGCUCAUAGAAACAUAGAAACAUAGAAUGUGACGGCAGAUAAGAACCAUUCGGCCCAUCUAGUCUGCCCAAUUUUCUAAAUACUUUCAUUAGUCCCUAGCCUUAUCUUAUAGUUAGGAUAGCCUUAUGCCUAUACCACGCAUGCUUAAACUCCAUUACUGUGUUAACCUCUACCACUUCAGCUGGAAGGCUAUUCCAUGCAUUCACUACCCUCUCAGUUAAGUAAUACUUCCUGAUAUUAUUUUUAAACCUUUGUCCCUCUAAUUUAAGACUAUGUCAUCUUGUUGUGGUAGUUUUUCUUCUUUUAAAUAUAGUCUCCUCCUUUACUAUGUUGAUUCCCUUUAUAUAUUUAGAUGUUUCUAUCAUAUCCCCCCUGUCUCGUCUUUCCUCCAAGCUAUACAUGUUAAGAUCCUUUAAUCUUUCCUGGUAAGUUUUAUCCAUGAACCAGUUUAGUAGCCCUCCUCUGAACCCUCUCUAAGGUAUCAAUAUCCUUCUGAAGAUACGGUCUCCAGUACUGUGUACAAUACUCCAAGUGAGGUCUCACCAGUGUUCUGUACAAUGGCAUGAGCACUUCCCUCUUUCUAUUGCUAAUACCUCUCCCUAUACAACCAAGCAUUCUGCUAGCAUUUCCUGCUGCUCUAUUACAUUAUCAUCAGAAAUAAUCACCCCUAAAUCCCUUUUCUCAGAUGUUGAGGUUAGGACUCUAUCAAAUAUUCUGUACUCUGCCCUUGGGUUUUUACGUCCAAGAUGCAUUAUCUUGCACUUAUCCACAUUAAAUGUCAGUUACCACAACUCUGACCAUUUUUCUAGUUUACCUAAAUAAUUUGCCAUUUGGCUUAUCCCUCCUGGAACAUCAACCCUGUUACAUAUCUUAGUAUCAUCAGCAAAAGACAUACCUUACCAUCAAGACCUUCUGCAAUAUCACUAAUACAAAUAUUAAAGAGAAUGGGUCCAAGUACAGAUCCCUGAGGUACCCCACUGGUGACAAGCCCAAGCUUCGAAUAUACUCCAUUGACUACAACCCUCUGUUGCCUGUCACUUAGCCACUGCCUUACCCAUUCAACAAUAUUGGAAUCCAAACUUAAAGAUUGCAGUUUAUUAAUAAACCUUCUAUGUGCAACAAUGUCAAAAGCCUUACUGAAAUCUAGGUAAGCAAUGUCUACUGCACCACCCUGAUCUAUAAUUUUAGUUACCCAAUCAAAAAAAUCAAUAAGAUUAGUUUGGCAUGAUCUCAUGUGUUUUUAGAUGUUCAUCAAUCCUAUCCUUUAACAUGGUUUCCAUCACUUUCCCCACUACUGAAGUAAGGCUUACUGGCCUAUAGUUGCCCGACUCCUCCCUAUUACCUUUCUUGUAAAUGGGCACAACAGUCGCUAACUUCCAAUCUUCUGGGACUACUCCUGUUAACAAUGAUUGGUUAAAUAAAUCUGUUAAUGGUUUUGCUAGUACACCACUAAGCUCUUUUAAUAGCUUUGGGUGUAUUCCAUCAGGUCCCAUUGACUUAUUUGUCUUUACUUUUGACAGUUGAAAUAGAACCUCUUCCUCUGUAAACUCACGUGUAAUAAAUGACUCAUUUAUCCUUUUUCUCAACUGAGGUCCCUUUCCUUCAUUUUCAUCUGUAAAUACAGAACAAAAAUAUUCAUUGAGGCAGUCAGCUAGACCUUUAUCCUCUUCUAUAUACCUUCCUUCUUUUGUUUUUAAUCUAACUAAUCCUUGUUUUACUUUUCUUUUCUCAUUUAUGUAUCUAAAAAAUGUUUUAUCCCCCUUUUUUACUGACUGUGCUAUUUUCUCUUCUGUGUGUGAUUUGGAAGCUCUUAUAACUUGCUUAGCCUCUUUCUGACUAAUCUUAUAGAUCAUUUUGUCUUCCUCAUUCUGUUUUUUUUUUAUAAUUCCUGAAUGCUAACUUUUUGUUUUUAACUAUUUGGGCCACAUCUGCGGAGUACCACAGUGGUUUCUUGAAUUUUUUGCUUUUACUGACAAGCCUAAUGCAAUUUUCUGUUGCCUUCAAUAGUGCAACUUUUAAAUAAUCCCAUUUCUCUUGGACUCCAUUUAAAUUGCUCCAGUCUGAUAAUGACUCCUCUACCCAUAUUCUAAUUUUAGAAAAAUCUGCUUUUCUAAAGUCUAAAACUUUUGUUUUUGUGUGGUGUCCCUGUUCUUAUAUUAAACCACACUGACUGAUGAUCACUGGAUCCUAAAUUUUCACCUACAGUAAUAUCUGAUACCAAAUCUCCAUUUGUUAACACUAAAUCUAGUAUGGCCUCUUUACGAGUUGGCUCCUCAACAACUUGUUUUAGAGACAAUCCCAGUAGGGAGUUUAGAAUAUGUGUGCUCCUGGCACAAGUAGCUAAUUUUGUUUUCCAAUUUACAUCAGGAAGAUUAAAGUCACCCAUGAUGAUAACUUCCCCCUUCAUUGUCAUUUUAGCUAUUUCCUCAACUAGUAGAUUAUCUAACUCUUCAAUUUGUCCUGGGGGCCUAUAAAUCACACCUACACGAGUUACUGUGUGAUUACCAAAUUUUAACGUAGCCCAAACGGACUCUAUGUUUGCCUCACUAACUUUUAUUAGGCUAGAUUUUAUGAUAUCCUUCACAUACAAGGCCACCCCUCCCCCUUUAAUGCCUUCCCUAUCUUUCCUAUAUAAAGAGUACCCUGGUAUUGCUAUGUCCCAGUCAUUUUUCUCAUUAUACCAUGUCUCAGUAACAGUGACUAAAUCUACACUAUCAGUUGACAUUAUUGCCACAAGUUCAUGGAUCUUAUUCCCUAAACCGCGAGCAUUUGUAGACAUGACUCUAAGCUUAUAAUUUUUUAACACACUUGCUACAGGCACCUUCUGUCCUUGUUUUGGGGGACAAUUGUGACAAAAGUGGUAAGUGGUGUCCCUGUUCUGUUUUCGGACUGCUUCUAUUUAACAUAUUUAUAAAUGAUCUUGAAAUAGGUAUUGGAAGCCAUGUUUUACUGUUUGCAGAUGACAUACAACUUUGUAAAGUACCUAAGGUGACGUGGGGAGCAGUUCAACCCAUAGGAAACAUGAGAUACGCCUUGUUGCAUAUUCCAUCACUGAAAGAGUAGAUGGAGGGGACAAUGCACAUAUAAGGCCCUGUAUCACGUAGACCUACACCAUACUCACCUUACGAUGUUACUGAUACACACACCAAUAAUGCAGUGAGAAAACCUACAUACGAGACUCAACAAUACGCGAACCGCAGGCUCUGCCACAAGGAUUGGCGACAAUACCCAUAGCCAAGCAUAUCAGCGAAACAAAGACUAGGGCAUCUCCCACACAAACUACUAGCCAACACACGGAAACUAUUUCCCACAAUAAUAGACCAGAGUAAGAUUCUGACCCGAAAAGCAACGCAUAGACAAGCAGGUGAAUCUCUGCUACAUAUAUUACUAGUAACGAAACAUGACCCAAUGAACACCACCACAUCCGCAUGGCAAUGCAUACCCAACAACACCAAUGUGGACCUGCGAGUCCGAACUAAGUAAGCCGCCUUACUUACAAACACUUAGAUAUUCCUUCAGUCUGUACACAUAGCAUAUUGUUGAACUGUAUAAAUACUAUGAUUGCGGAGACCUGCGAGUCUCAAUGUUACACUCAGAUACCCUACGCAACUAACAAAACCACGCUUUGAGAAACAAAAACAAAAAAAUUAUAAUAAAACAAAAAAAGCCCCAGUAGUUUAAAUGUUUGAAACACCGUAUAAGGAUACUGGUUAUGACUUGUAUCACACCUGAUUUAUUGUACAAUGGUAAAAUAUUGUAAAGUUGUAAAGCUGUAACUUUAAACUCUUGCAUAAUAAAGAGAUUUACAAAAAAAAAACUUUGUAAAGUAAUAAAAUGUAAGCAGGAUAUUGCUUUACUGCAGAGAGAUUUGGAUAGAUUGGGGGACUGGGCACUAAAAUGGCAGAUUAAAUUUAAUGUAGAGAAAUUAAAAAGGUAUGCACUUCAGGGUCAAGGAUGCACAAGCAAUUUACACCCUGAAUGGUAGUGAAUUAGGGAAAAUAACACACGAGAAGGAUUUGGGAAUUGUUACAGACAACAAAUUAGGCAGCAAUAUAAAAAGACAACACCUUGAAUAUGCUGUGCAAUUUUGGGCACUUGUUCUAAAGAAGGAUAUCAUGGCACUAGAAAAAGUGCAGAGACAACCUACAAAAUUGGUAAAAGAAAUGGAGCACUUUAGUUACGAAGAAAGGUUAAAAAAUUGAAAUCUCUUUAGUUUGGAAAAACGGCGCCUCAGAGUUAGAAUUUCCUAAACAAAGCACAAUUGACCUUGGUGACAUCUUUCAAUACAGUAGUCUUUACGUCCACUAUAACCUGAACAUUCAAUGACUUGGACUUCCACAGUCAGGGACUAAAUGUCUGGAUCAGGGAGAGUGGCUUUUUUAGGGGUUGCUUCUAAAUUAUUAUCAUUAAUUCUUUGGAGGUAAUUCUUUUUUUUUUUUCUUCCCUAAUUCAGACAGUACCAGCCAAAAUAUUUUCCAAAUACUUCAUUGUUUAAGGCUUUGGUAGAGAGUCGUCAUCAAUAGUGUAUUCCCUCCUCCUGUCUCUCCCUUAACUUAAUCCUAAUUUAACCUAUAUUUUUAAAAUUAUCACCUGGUUCUUAACAUUCUUUAAUUCAAUCCUGUAAGAGUCUGUAUCUCAGCCAAUAAAAUGAAUAAAGGGAGGGGGUUAACACCUCUUUUUUUAGGGAAUAAAUUUCUCAACCCACAUUCAUUCAUCAGUCAGUCAUACGUUUUCUUGGUACAGUAGUGAUAUCUCAAUGGAGGUAAUUCUUUAAUCCCAGCCCAACUAACUGCUAGUAAUACAUCUUAUUGUCCAUAUAUUACUAUUGCUACCUCUCCAUGUUUGAUUUUGUCAUGUUACCUGAUUUAGGGUUCUAUCAGCUUCCUGACUAUUGUGUAUAUGGCUGAUGAUGUUUCUCAUUAUAAAAAGCCACUACCAACAAGUACUUCCAAAAUACUUUCCAAGGGGUUGUUUAAACUAGGAAACAUGGACAAUUGACAUAGGAAUGAAAAAAGCUAAAUUAGCCAAACUGACAGAAAUUCUCCACCAUGACUAGUCUGACCAUACAUUUGUAAUUCCCUUUUUUUUAACCAGAAUUUGCCCAGAAUGUGUAAAUUCUGCACAAUUCCUGAUUUAGGCAAUGACCUUGGAACCCCAUCAAUGCUCUCAUGACAUAGAUACCUCACACCCUUUCCCUCAGGAGCUUGCUGAAUUCCUGGGCUGUAUCAUUCCUCCUGCGUGCAAAUAGGGGAGGGGUUACCUAUGGGUACUUUAGUUAGGAGGAGUCUCUGAGCUGUAUAUUUUAAUAAGUACCUAAUACUGGACUGCAUCCAGGAGCAGAAACAUUAAAUGUAAGGGCUAGUCAGGACAUUGUCCCUCAGUCACCAAAGGAUACUUUUCCAUUCAGUCAUACAGUAUCCUGAUCACCAUCAUGGGUAUGUUUCAAUUCACAAGCAUUCUUAAUCCAGCUUUCACCUAAUUAAUGUUGUAUGAGAUUGUUAGGAAGUAUGAAAUAUGUAACUGUUUACUGCUUGUCACCUGCCCACUGGGAAACUGUGUGACUGAGCUACAAGUGAGCAGCUAUUUUCUUACAGGGACUUGUAUGCAUCCUGUUGGUUAUGUACAUCGCAUUUACUGUAAAUAACGUGUGUGUUGCAUGGGCAAAAAAUGCUGCAUCAAAGACAACAGAGAUUCAAUCAGGGUGCUAGGUUUUAUAGACGUUAUUUAAGUAGACGUGAAGCUCACACAAGAAAUGUUUGUUUUUUUAGCUUGUAUAUACAAAUUAAAUGAUAUAUACUUUAUUUUAUUUAUGUGGAGGUGAGGGGUGCCAGUUUAUUAGAGAGAUGCUUAACACUGUCCCCCAAACUAUCAGUUGCAGCAGGUUUGUUAAAUCUGCCAUGUAGACAUUAUAUGGCAGCUACUUAUUACAGGGCUGUACUUUUCAUGUGCUGUCCAUCAGACGGUGAUACUCAUUUAGGUGAAUCUAGCAAAGCUGGAGUGUCCAUCCGUUAAAACAAGAAUGCCUAUGAUCAUUAACAGGAUUAUUCACUAAAGUGAGAACUCAAAGUGAAUUUCAAACUCAGUGUAACAAUUGACGAACUGGAAACAUUUAAGUCAGUUAAGCUAUGCUUCCAGUUUGAAUACUUUGUCAUUCUUGGUAAUUAUUAAAUUAUAUUUAAUUAUUGUUUUUUUGUUUCUAUAAAGAACUUUUCUGUUUCUGUCUAUGGGAAAAUUGAUAAACAGUUACCAAAUGAAAAGAUUAUGAACAUGUGGCGUCACAAAUACUUUGUUUAUUAAUUACUUAUUACAGUACUGGCUAAGUUUAGAUCUGCUGUGCUCAUUGCAUGUCAAUUAAGUAAUAAGCUACAUGCCAGGACUUUUAAAAUUAUCAUUCUGGUUUAAAGUAAUGAAUUGGAAAAAAAUCUUCUCCAAAAAAGGAGAUUUUAUAAUGUGAAUUCCAAAAAGGACAGCGAUAUAAUUCUGAUUUAAUAGAAUUCUUAUAGAUGUCAGAUAUAACCACUUAAUGUUAUAUUAAUUCUAGUCAUUUUUGGUAUGGCUUGCUGUGAUGUGAUGUCAUUGUAAUGUUACUUUCCAAAAAGCUAAUUUCAGUUAUUUAGUGCAGUAAUAGAGAGCUUACAUAUUGUUAUUAUUUUUUUUUUAUUAAUAUUUAUAGCGCCAAAAAUUAUAGAAUGAGAAUAUUUGACAAGUAUUAACAGAGGCAAGAAGGGAAGAAAGCCCUGCUCAAACAAUCUUUCAAUCUACGACGAAGGGGUAAAGAAGCACAAGAGGAAUAAAAGCAUGUCAGAGGGGAAGAGGGGACUGAAAGAUAAGAUAUCUGUGUCACAAUAAGCUAGUAUUAGUGGUGUGUGGAGCAAGUGAACAGUGGAAGGAGGGAGAGUGAGCUCGGCUAUAGCGGCAGGGGAAGUGAGGAAGACAAUUGGCUGUGCAAGAAUGAGCAGAUAUCAGGAGAAGGUUGCUUUCAGGGUGAUGUGAACAAGAAGGAGUGUUUUUGUUAAGUAAAAAGGAAAUAUAGUGAAGAAUGGAAUUAUUGAGGGCUUUGUAGGUAAAUGUUAGAAGUUACAGAAGAGUACAGGAAUCCACCAUAAAGAUUGGCAAAGGGUGUGAUGUGGGGGUAAUGUUCAGUCAGACAUUUGAGUCUGGUGACAGCAUUCAUUACAGACUAAAGAGAGGCAAUGCAGGUUUUUAGAAUUGCUGGCGUCAAGUCAGGAAAUUAUGAGUGCAUGUACAGGUGCCUUAGUUAUAUCUUGAGUUUAAAAAAGGUGAAUGUGGGCAAUAGUUUUAAGGUGGAAGUUACAGGAUUUGAAGAUCAACUGAAUGUGAGACAAAAAGGUUAGACCCGAGACAUGGUAACUCCAAGGCAGGAAGCAUGAUUACCCCACGUUAAUAGGUGUCAUGUUGAUGUGCAGGGAGAUAGAUGGAGAAGGGCUAUUUGACAGUGGGAAAAUGAGGAGUUCUGUUUUAGAUAGAUUAGGUCUUAGAUAAUGGGAAAACACUCAGUUAUAGAUGAGACAGUUUGUGACACAUUCUAGGAGGUGUCACCAGAGAAGGAGAAAUUAAAUGGGUGUUCAGAAUAAUAGGAUGAAAAUCAAGAAAGUACAGUGUCACUGAGUCCACGAUUGUGGAGAGUUUGAAGAAGAAGAGAGUGGUCAACAGUAUCAAAGGCAGCAGAGAAGUCGUGAAGACUUAAGAGAGACUAAUAAACAUUAGAGUUAAGUCAUUAUUCACUUUGGCAAGGGCAGUUUCAGUAUAAUGGAGGAAGGAAGAUUGAAGAAGGUCAAGGAGAGAUUUUAUAUUGACAGAGAGAGGUUGUAAAUUUAUAUAUAUAUAAUCCCAGAUCCCAGCACUCAAGGUUCCCAGUCUUUUCGUGCUCCGGUGCAAACAAUCUCCAAGCAGUAUAUAGUAUCCAAGAAGAGAGCACUCUGGAGUCUUAUAAUUUAAAAAGUAAAUGCUGCUUUAUUGUGCUAUUAUUAUAUUAUUAUUAUUUACUUUAAGUUAUAAGACUCCAGAGUGCUCUCUUCCUGGAUACUAUAUAUAUAUAUAUUUUUUUUUUAGUUUUUAUUGACAAACUUUGUGCAUUACAGAGCGUAGUCAGAAAUAAUAGAUUGCAUCACACGUCACGAAAGGCAUACAUUAAUAUAGAGAUAACAAUGAUCCAAUGCUCCUGUAUUCUAGAUAGGGAUGUCACGUACAAUGAGAUAAAGUAUCAAAAGUGGUUGUAAAUUUGUGUUAGAGAUAGGACUACGAAAAAGAGAUUAGAUAAUUUAAGUAUCCCUGUAAAUAUUACAAUAGAGGUUGUGUUAUUGGUAGACCUAAACUCGCACCAAUGUACAUGAAAAGUUUCAGAAUGAAAUUAGAUUAAGUAAUCAAGAUAGUUACUUGUUGCAUAGAGACGAAGACUAAGAAGGUAAAUGCCUAGUCUAUAGAGGCUUGUUUUGUAGCUUCAUGUAUAUAUGAAAAGGGAAUUUGUAUUAGAAGCAGCAACUCCUGGCAUAUUAUUCUGCCGGGAGCUGUGAUGAGAAGAUGGUGGCCCUGAUGACAGAAGAGUUCCAGGAACAUUUCACCUAUUUAUACUGCUUCUCAAGACUCAUUUAUUCACCAGAAAUGUCACCAUUGUGUAUGUCUGCCCCAUAUGCAAUAUCCACAACUGUAACAGCAAACUUUAAGAAAGACACUAUCUGGUACUGAUGUCCAUAGCUAACCAAAGGAGAGUGGGCACAUAACUGCUGACAAUUCCUAUGUAAAUAAAAUUAUUUUUGUCUGUAAAAGACUAUUAUUUUUUUCCCAAAGAUGCCAAAAUCUGAUAUCUUUUGCCAUUCAUUUUCAAACACCUAGAUUCCAUUUACUUAAUGUUGAUGUCCUCAUUUUGGUUUAUAUGAUUUUAGUAAUGGUUCAUGUAUCAGGGAAAAAUGGAGAGGCAGAUUUGUAUAUUUCCCCAAGGAUGAUGAACUCCUAGUUAAUAACCGACAAAAUAACUAGCAUAAGACUAAAGUUAUUUUUUAUAGGAUAUAUUAUUCUGUAUAUAUUGUUUUUAUGGUUCUGUUAUACUGUUUUGUAAGUAUUAAUGUAAAUGUAGUUAAUCAAUAAAUUAUGCAAUAUUGUAUUAUGUGUCAAGUUGUGAUGCAUACUAAAUGUACCAAACAAUGUUUUAAAUUCAAGCAUUUUAUCUGGUUUUGUUAUAUAACAGGACCAAAUGUUUCAAUAUGGUGCAUCUAGAUUAGAAUAGCAUUUACUGCAACAGUUACUAAAGCAACUGACAAUGGCUUUCCCAACAAAAUUAACAAUCUGUGUUAAAGUGUUUACUAUGCAUAUUUGAAAUUCAAUGAACCUUUUAUUACUUCAUUGUUAGAUAACAUUCUAGUGACAUAUAAUAUGCAAACAAUGCACUUUGAUUACUUCAACUUGUGCACAAAUUUCCACAUAAAAUGAUCAUAUACAAAAGAUUAAGUCUCCCUUGACCCUUUUUAAAAUGCUGUCUCAUUUUAUUACUAGGGAUAGUAGUUGCCAUCAGAUAUGGAAAAAAGAAUUUAUGAGAAAUGGACUAUUUAUCACACACAUACAUGUACACGGCAUGAUGGCCAGUGGGCUAAAAAUAAUAUUAAGCAUGGUUAUGGUUAUGGUUCUAUGGUUAUUUUCUUUAUUUUUGAGUAAAAAUAAUAAUUACCUUGUAACUGUUUUGUUAUUUUUGUGCAUAUUAGUAUGUUAUGCUUUUUAUAAUUUGUAGUAAACAUGCUGAUAUGAUGGCAACAGCUUUUCCUAUUCGUUUUUUUAUAUUGAUUUGGUGGAAGUAAUUAUGUCAUGUCAGCUUCCAAAGGAGAACGAAACACAAAGGAAGUAAUGUCAAAUUUAGUCCUCACAGCUGUCCACAGACUAAAUCUCUCAUAAUUGUUUGCUGGCGUAGGGUGAUCAAAUAGGUCUGGGCAUUAUAGUGUGGAUACCACUGUGAGGCCUGAGUUUACUGCACUAUUAGAACCAGAAAGUACAAGACGAUUGGCAAAUGGCCCUUUAAGUGGGGAUAUAUAUAUAUAUAUAUAUAUAUAUAUAUAUAUAUACCAUAAAAAUAGUUUGUGGUGUCAAUAUUUUUAUAGCAGUUCGCCUAUUUCUUUCUUCUAAAACUGUUUGCACUUUCAUUGGUAGCCCUAUAACAUAAAGAUUUAACAUUCCUAGCAUUGGGCAUAAAUAAGAAUUAAACUCCUGCUUAUUAAAUCUUAAUGAAUAUUUUUUGGAUGUACACAAGUACCAUUUUUUUAAAUUUAAACUGCAAUGUCUUGGAGACAAGGGGAGGGCAGGUCCACAAUGCCUCCUUAGUCAUUUAGAAAUGUAAUAGUUUUUAAAUGUCUGAAUACAAGUUCCACCGUUGUUGAGCACGUCACUACCAUCCAGGUGUUGGACCAUUUGCAGCAAAACAUAACCAUAAACCUAUGUGUAUUAGACCAUCCAUGUCUGAAAAGGUUAAUGUGUUAUUUCUGUAAAGCAUCAAGCCCCAUUAAUGCUAUAGUAAAAGUCAAAGCGAACUGUGAAAUCAUUAAUCGGGUGCACAUUUUUGAGUUAUGUCAGCAAUUGAUCAAAAUUAUAUGAACAAUGUUCACUUAAUAUCAGUGCUUUAUUGUUCUUAUUAAAGCAUAAACUAAUAUAACCAAAUCAAUGUACAGAAUCAAUCAAUAGUGGUUACAUAAUUUGCUUUAAACAUACAUUAGUUGUUAAAAGAAUUAGAAAUUAAAAACUGUAUUCCUAACACUACAGUGGUCAUCUGCCCCUCGACCUCCCUGGGCCAUGAAAAGGUUAAAAAGUCUUACUUACACGUAAAGAGACUCUCCAGUGCCAGGAAAACAUAUCCGCUUUCCUGGCACUGCAGGACCCCGCGGUGCCCCUCUCCUUCAGUGACUUGCCGGAGUCCAGUUCCGAUGUACCUUGGCGCUGUCUGAUGUCGGCGGGGGAGACCUAAUGCGCAUGCACGGCAAUGGCCGUGCACACACAUUAGACCUCCCCAUAGGAAAGCAUUAUUCAAUGCUUUCCUAUGGGGGUUUUGGCGACGCUGGAGGUCCUCACAUAGCGUGAGGAUGUCCAGCAUCGUAUAGCACACUUUUCGUGUUCUAAGAACCCAGAAGUUCCUCUAGUGGCUGCCUCAUAUACAGCCACUAGAGGAGGACUUAACCCUGCAAGGUAAUUUUUGCAGUUUGUAAAAACUGCAAUAAUUACACUUGCAGGGUUAAGGGUAGUGGGAGUUGGCACCCAGACUACUCCAAUGGGCAGAAGUGGUCUGGGUGCCUGGAGUGUCCCUUUAACUGAAUGCAUUGUCGCUAUUCCUUGCUAGAUGGGUUUCCUCCGAUUUCAGCGUGAACUCCAUGUGCAUUAGGCUUUACCCAUAGGAAAGCAUUAAUUAAAAUGUUUCCUGUGGGUUAUUGCAAGAUGCUGGACAUCCUCAUGUACAACGUGAGGACGUCCAGCAUCGUUUCACAGAGUUAAACUCUGUGAAACUGGAGGAAACGCCUCUACUGCCUGUCUGGAAAACAGCCACUAGAGGCAGUCUUAACUCUUCAUUAUAAACAUUGAAGUUUCUCUAAAACUGCAGUGUUUUAUAUUGCAGUGUUAAGGGAACUGGGACACUGCACCCAGACCACUUCAAUGAGAUGAAGUGGUCUGGGUGCCUAUAAUGUCCCUUUAAGGAAUUCAGUUUCAAAUUCUGGGUUUCAAUUCUACUUUACAAAUUCACAAUGGAAUAGAAAUAUGGCAAAUUUUCUGUUACAUUAACUAUAAUGCAUUUUAUAAUGCUUAAAUUGUACAGCUGGUAAUGUAAAGAGCAGGUGGCUAGUAGUAGGCUAGGAAAUAGACCUGUGCGAAAUGAAAAAAUGUGAUCCGUGCGAAGAAAUAAAACAUUGUUUUGGGCAAUUUGGGUUUUCUCUAUGUGGAAUUUUGGUUUAGCUGAAUCUUGUCCUUGCGAUCGUUUCUGGAAAAGCUAUUCAGACAAGGCAAAUGGUGCAAAUAUGUGCCUAUUAGUGUAAUUAAUUCAAAAAUAAAAUAAAUAUUAUGUAUAUAUUUUGUAAUACACUGAUAGGGACAUUUUCACAGAUCAAGUGAGAAGUAACCAGCUAAAGGGAAAAAAAAUGGGAACUCUAUAAAAAAAGAAUGUAUUUACACCCUGUUCCAAACAGUUUUUUUUUUAAAACAUAAACUUACAAUGCACUGUUCCAAAUUAUUACGCACAGUAAGUUUCAAAACACUUUAUAGGUUGUAAAGAACUAAAAAUUGUCAUUUGUUGUGUUUGCAGCAUAUUUACUAAAAUCAAAAGCUAUUUCAAUCAAACUUAUAACAACAUUUUAACUUUUUAAACAUUUUAACAGGUCACCUUACAUUUUAACAUAGGACCCCUUAUUUGAUAGCAGCUUCACAAGUCUUGCAUCCAUUGUGAGUUUUUGGACAGUUUCUGCUUGAAUUUGUUUGCAAGAUGUCAGAAUAGCCUCCCAGAGCUGCUGAUUGGAUGUAAACUGCUUCCCACCCACAUAGAUCUUUUGCUUGAGGAUGAUCCAAAGGUUCUCUAUAGGAUUGAGGUCAGGAGAGGAUGGAGGCCACACCAUGACUUUCUCUCCUUUUAUCCCCUUAGCAGCCAUUGAUGCAGAGGUAUUCUUUGCAGCAUGAGAUGGUGCAAUGUCAUGCAUGAAGAUGAUUUUAUUACGGAAAGCAUAGUUCUUCCUUCUGUAGCAGGGAAGAAAGUGGUCAGUCAGAAACUCCACAUACUUUGCAGAGGUCAUAGUUACACCUUCAGGGACCCUAAAGGGGCUGACCAGCUCUCUUCCCAUGAUUCAGGCCCAAAACAUGACUCCACCACCGCCUUGCUGACGUCGAAGCCUUGUUGGAACAGGGUGGCCAUCCACCAACCAUCCACUACUCCAUCCAUCUGGACCAUCCAGAGUUUGCUCGGCACUCAUCAGUGAACAGGACUGAUUGAAAAUUAGUCUUCAUGUAUUUUUCUGCCCAAUGCAGCUGUUUCUGCUUUUGAGCAUUAGUUAGUGGUGGCCGAAUAGAAGGUUUAUGCACAGUUGCAAGACUCUGGAGGAUUCUACACCUUGAUGUCCGUGGGACUCCAGAGGCACCAGCAGCUUCAAAUAUCUGUUUGCUGCUAUGUAAUGGUAUUUUAGCAGCUGCUCUCUUGAUCCAAUGCAUGGAUCUGGCAGAAAUCCUCCUCAAUGUGCCUUUAUCUGCAUGAACCCGUCUGUGCUCUGAAUCAGCCAAAAAUCUCUUAAUAGUGCGAUGAUCACGCUUAAGUUUUCGUGAAAUAUCUAAUGUUUUCAUACCUCAUCCAAGGCAUUGAACUAUUUCAUUCUUUUCAGCAGCAGAGAGAUCCUUUUUCGUCCCCAUAUUGCAUGAAAAUGGUGCUCUGCUUAAUAAUGUGGAACACCCUCCUUUAGUAGUUUUUCCUUAAACUGGGCUCACCUGGCAAUCUAAUUAUCACAGGUGUCCGAGAUUGUUUACAGUGAUCAAAAGAACCCUGAGACACAAUGCCAUCCAUGAGUUAAACUGAAAAACUAAAUAUUUAAUCUUUGUGACACUUAAAUAGAAUUUGCAUAGGAAAUAGGCCCACUUAUUAAAUUAAAAUCAAUAUUCUCUAAAGAAAAAGUGAAAAAAUAAAAAAUAAAAUUGUAUAAUUAAUAACCAAAUGGUUGUAGAAUUAGAGAUGAAACCCAGUUUCACCCAAUAACCCAAUUAUAAACAGCCAGUCUCUCCCUGGAAGUUUAACUUCCAUCACAAUAUCACAGACACUUUUCUACCUUUAGAUAUACGUAGCAAAAACAAAACUGUGUUUCAUCUCUAAUUCUACAACCAUUUGGUUAUUAAUUAUACAAUGUUCUUUUUUCUUUUUCUUUCUUCACUUUUUCUUUAGAGAAUAUUGAUUAGAUUUUAAUAAGUGGGCCUAUUUCCUACACUAUCUCACCUUGUAACACAAUGUUUUUAAUGACAAUAUUAAAUGUUAUGUUUUAGAAAUCAUAAAAUAAUAUUGAUAUAUAUAUAUUUUUUUUUAUUAUUAUUAUUUUUAUUUUAUUUUUUUACUGAUACUCCUUUCUUCCCCUUUAUUGAUCACUUCUCUCUAGAUUGGUGAAUACAUUGAACAUUUGGAAGCUUUCCCCUAAUCAUAGUUCAUCUUUUUCCUCCAUCAAUCGUCUUUUUGUGGCGACACAGACUAAAUUCUGAAUCACGGCUCAGUUUGUCCGGUUUUGUUUGUUUUGUGAUUUGUCUAUGUAGCAUUUAGUUGGGAAUUUUUGACAAAUUUCUGAUUGUUUGAAAAUCUGUCAAAUUGGGAUUCAGUUAAAAAAGGAAUGCAUAAGUUGAUAUCACUAUGCAGGUAACUAGUGUUGGUCCAGGGUGUCAGCCAAUCAAAACUUGGCUCCCCAAGAUACAUCACUAGACAGCUGAAAACGCCUUACAUUAUGCAGGCAAGACAGCAUUAGAACACAGGGAGGAUACGUGGUAGGAUAGCAAUAGAUCAUUUUUCUGCUCAGUUAUUUUAGCUAUAGACAUCAGUUCCUGGUUUUGUGCAUUGCCCUGUUUUUGUUUGUACACAUGAAUACAUCCACCUUAUAUAAUGUAAAAUGAGGCUUUAAGCUAACCAUCUAUUAGUGACAUGACUAUGACUUUCCAUUGAAAUUCAACAGAUGUUCUUAGGAUUUUAUAAUAAUCCUGAUAUUAUUUCAGUUGUAGGAGGGAGCUAUUAAAGAAGGACUAAAUAAAUAGAAUGAAGCCAAAUUUACUUGUUUUCUUCUCUUUCCAGGGAGCAGCGAAAGGUCAAAGGUUGGUACAUUACUUGUGUUGUAUUAACAUUAAUAAACCUACUCAGUAAUGGCUUUGUACUCUCCCAGUGAAUUGUAAUCCUGGUCCCACCGGCAAGCAGAGGUGGACAAUCUAUUCAUUGUCAUCAUGAUAAAUCAGAAAGUAAUUGUAACAUGAUAACUGGUUAAAUGGAAGACAUCCUACUCUACUUCACUGGGAAGAAAAACACUUACUGCAUAUUUGGCUUUGUUGUAAAAAUUGUACAGGUUACAGCCAUCGAGGGAAAGCACAGCAAAAGAGACUUUUAUAAAAUAAUCUAAAAUACUUUGUUUGAAAUAGUUUGUCAUGAGACGUACUUAAGCAAGAUAUGUUUGCUUAUGUAUAUUUAAAGAAGUGAUGACUAACUGUUUAUUGAAGCAAGUAUUGACUGACUGAUGCGUAAUGCACUCCUUCACAAAAAGUGCAAUAGGUAACUAGAAAAGUCAUGUAGCAGAGGUAGUGCAAGCCUUAUUAACAUAGAGUGGAGGCAUGACAGAAACUUAAAAAAAAAGUAUAAAUAUAUUUUUUUAUAUCAUUUAAUUUAUUAAGCUUUUGCCAAAGAAAAUAUAGAAAGCCAUGUAAUAUAGCAACAACGUGAAUAAAAGUAAAGGCACAUAGAAUGCAUUGAAAAUACCCAAUCAAAGAAUGCAGUAUAAGUGAGUAUCAGCAUUUAAUGAGCAUUUACGCAACACUUCAAGUACCAUAACCCCUACAGUGAGUAGUCAAACCAUUUUAGAAGGGUUUGACUUCUACCAGGGGUUCAUCAGGCACUACUCCCUUCCUUCUCUCAGUUGGAUGCUCUCCGCUUUCAAGCUAAACUUGGAACCUUGAGGUGCAGGGCUUAGUUCGUUGUCUGAGAGCAAUCAGCUGACACUCCCACUCUUCUGGAGUGUGAUAGGAGGCAGUGGCCGGUACUUAGCAGAUCCCCAGGUAAGAAGUCAAAGUGUUACACCACACUGCUUGGAGUGUUCCUGUAACAAGAUGCUACAUCAAUGAAAGGGUAGCAUAAAUUGGAAAAAAACUAGCAGUAGGUGAGUUAGGAAUGUAAGGAUUUGUAAGAUGUGCAUAUGGAUAUCCUGAAAUACAAAUAAGUAAAAUAACUUUGAAGAUGGAAGAAACAUCCUUGAAUAAAAAACUAGCAGGACACACAUUCAACAUUAAUUAUCCAGUAUGAUGGUCUAUAUUAUCUGGUGCAAUAUAAUUUAAAUAAAUGAAUACAUUAUUUUGGUUGGUAUUUUUCUGAAAAUACAUAAAACAACAUUAUUUACUAGGGUGACUGAUUUAAAAAAAAAAAACAAACACAAAAAAUGUGAUGGCCCAGCUUUAAAAGACGCAUCGUGCAGGUAGCUACCAAUAGUUUGCAGAACAUUAUUGUAUGAUUAAAAAUGUUUUUUUAUUUCCUUCUAGCUAAGCUGUUUUGGUUAUCCCUUGAGUAUCUUCUUCAUUGUCAUCAAUGAGUUCUGUGAGAGGUUCUCCUACUAUGGAAUGCGAGGUACUUUUAUCAUGUUUUUUUUUUUUUUUGUCUAACAAAGACUACGAGCUGUUUGUCAAGCUCAAUUCUACAUAACAGUACUUAAAGUGGAUCAAUAAACAGGGACAUUCACUCUGGUUCUACAGUGACUGCUUCACUAUUAACUCCACUAUUGUCCAUUAAUAUUAACUCUAAUUUCUAACCCCUUAUCUUUCAUAUAGCGGUGCUGGUUUUGUACUUCAAAUAUUUCAUACUGUGGGACGAUAACCUAUCCACUGUCAUUUACCAUACAUUUGUUGCUGUCUGCUACUUGACACCAAUCCUUGGGGCUAUCAUUGCUGACUCCUGGCUGGGGAAAUUCAAGUAAGGCUUUAUGGAACAUCUGAGAAAAAAUAUUUUUUGGUUUCAAAUAUUAAGCAACAUCAAAAUAAUCAUUUGGAAUAUUAUUUGAUGUUUUGUGUAUUUAUAGCCAAUGUUUGACAUGAUAGUCUGCAGGUAGUGGCUUCAUUGUUCAAUUGACGAAGAUUUAAAGUUAUCAGAACCUUACAUUUGAGUCAGGUAACAGAUCAGAUACUUUUGCUUAAAUAUGUCAAUGCAUUAACAUUUGCAGCAGUAGAGGAUAUCAUAUCAUGUAGAUGAUUACUACAAUAUAGCAGGAAUGUGGAAUUUCGCUCAAACCCAUUUGAAAUGUAUCCAGGUGCACCAGACCAGUCCCAGUACCAGGAACCAAAUAUUUGAUGAGGUAUAAUAGAAGAGAAGUCCAGGGCACUCUCAGGAUACAAAAAGGCAAAUUUAUUGAACCCAUUGCAACGUUUCGACCUACACGUUCUUUGUCAAGAUGUAGAUGAUUAUUACAACAUUUUUCAAAAGGCAUAAAUGUCCUAUCAGACAUUUUAUGCCAGAAACUCAUCGACUAGCCUUUGUGCAACUUAUUUUAUGUUGGAAUUUAGCACAAUUAUCUAGCACAAAAAUAAAAAAGCAUUUCUGGCUAUGUGUUGUACAAACUCAUUAGCAUAUGAUGUAGUUGAAAGCCAGUUAUCUCUGGUGUCAUGUUCAAGUUAGUUACUCACAGACGUAGGUUGCCCAGAGGUUUUGCUAUAGGGCGGGAGUGAGAGGAGGACUGACUCCGUUUGUAGCCCAGAGUGGAGUCCUGAAAAAUCCCUGGUCUAAUUAAGGCCAUUUCAUUGUUUGACCCAAGUCCCGUGUAAUUCUGAGAGGGAAAUAACAUGUCCAGUUAGAUGGUUUUUAAUUUUUUUUUAAAUGUUGUAUUUUUGCAGUGCUUAAGAUCGUUACAUACAAGCCUGAGGUACCCCAGCGGCAAUCCUCACGCACAACUUCACAUUGUACAUUUGGGGUAGUAGAGCAAACGUGCACAAUUUUAUAUUAAAACAAGGUUGAACGAUAGAUUCUGAACGGUUAGAUGUGUUUUGUUUUUCAAGCUAGCAAGGUACACAAGUCAAGUUAUUGUCCAGGAGCAUAGCAUCAGGGUGGAACCUGGCUUGUGUAUGAGGGGUUAAACAUAUAAUAGUGACUAUUAGGCUCAAACAUGUCUUAUCUAUACUAAAUAUAUGCAAGAUAAAGUAUCCACUUGGGCACGGUGUAAUGCUAUGGGUUUUAGUAUACUGCCUUUCGGAGUAUGUGCUAGGGUAUAGGGGGGAUGGGCAGAUGAAGAACAAACAGAAGCAUAGAUCAAAAUCGUGGGCGUAUCAGCUGUGUCUGGAGUUCAUCAUCAGGAUCUGACUUGUGGUGAGCCAUGCCGGCUUUAUCUGAUACCCUGAAGAGGCCAGUAUGAAGUGUGGCAUCGAGGGUCUGUUUGCAAAGCUGUGUUGCCGCCUCAGAGCGGGUCUCCCCUCCAGCCCUGGGCCUGGUUGAGGGCCUGCAUCUGGAUACCACAGUCUUGGUGACUCAGUGGAGCCAAGACUUUCCCCCGCAGUGGACAAACUGACGGUCGGGGUGUUAGCCUCUGCUGUCGAGGGACAAUCCACAGCCCGUGUGGAUGAUGCGGUAAGGCUAUACCUCGGGUGGCAUCUCGGCCCAGGCGGUCAAACCUGUGCUUUGGUGCAUGCUGUAGUUGUUGUCUCACCUGGGUGGUGUCCGCUUUGGCAGCAAGUGUCUUUGUUUGGAGGUCCUCUGUGUGAACCCGCGGGUCAUCCUGCGUGCUUUGAGUUGCAACCAGAACCUUUGGAAUAGUUCCUCGUGUCGCUGUAAGGUGGAUUCAGUGGAGCUGUGAUGUGGCUGCCCGAUUAGGCCCUUGUCCUUGGGGUCAGGCAGCGUGUCAGGUGCCAUUUUGAGUGGUGUAGGCUGAGUGUCCAUUCUGAGUGGAAAGCUACAGUAUUUGCUUAAAGCUGCCCAGUGGAGAGCGGGUUAACCCCCACCGGUCCAAGGGGUGGGAGUGGGAGCAGAGUAGGUCCACUUGACGUACCAUCUGGUGGGGAAGUCGGCCACCCUUCUCCCGCCUAGCAGUCUGCAGGCCUCGAUAAGCCUCCGCAGCUCCUGGUAGCGUAGGCAGGCACCAGGGUGACGUAUCCGCUGAUUUGUUUCUGCCUUCGCUGUGUAGCUAGCCUGGUGUGGUAGCAGUUUCUGGAGUUUAGCCAGGGUUUUUUGUCUUAAAUUAGAAUAGUGCGUGGGAGCCCUUGCAGCACGCGUCCGAUCACCACAGAGAACAGGCUCCGUCACUGUCCAGUUAGAUGUUUUGUGUCAGUGCCACUCUAAUACACCAUAAUUGAAGUUAAUUAUAUAGCACUGUGUGGUAUCGCUAAGGUUACAGUGUUUUAAUGCAGAAAGUUGUAUUGUUAGUAGUUAACACUUUGUGACCUGGAAUUAAUAUGACAGGUGUGGAGUUUAUAAACAAAUGGUCAUAUAAUACAUAUAAUAUAAUAUAAUAAUAAUAAAUUCAUACAAAGAUUUAGUGUCACAAUGUGAUUCAUAGAACUUGUUUAGAAUUGGACUUUGUGCAUGGUAUAGGGCUGGUUUUAGGAUGGGUUUAUUUCACUAUGUGGGAGGAGCUAUAACAUUUACGUACACACAGCAUCUGAAGAUGGUUGCUCGGCAUGGUAAGUGAAGUCAGUUACGUAUAUAGUUAUGGUUUGGAAGUAUGCUACACUCACUGUUAGCUAUGAAAUUUCAGUUAAGGCUGAGGUUACCAAUUAGGAUUAGGGAUUGACAUUACAGAGCAAGAUUAACGUGUUAGAAGUGAAUGUAGGAUUAGAAUUACACUUAGGGUUAGAUUGACAUUUGGGGGCUUGGCUAGAAUAAGAUUUAAGAUUAGGCUAGAUUUAUCACUAACCACAACUGUAUCCCUUACCUUAAAACAAAACAUCAUCGCUAGCGGUGCUGUAGCACAUUUACUAACUCUAAUAUUCAGUCUAACUCUAUCUUAACUUACCUUACAUGAUCUUUUUAAAGAGUUCCCUCAGACAAUGUUAGUGCAUGUUUUUGAAAGACCAGUUAGCUGAUUUAGAGAUAACACUAACCGGAGAACAAGACAACAAACAAGAAAAUGGUGCUUUUGUUGCCAAAUAUGCAUAUAAUUAGAUAUUAUCAGUUAUAAAUGUUUAUUGUUAAAAGGCUUGCAAACAAUGCAAACCAAUAGGUAUGUAAAAUAUUAAGUCAAUAAUCAAUUUAUUUACAACUUUGAAAAGCAAAUGUCUUGAAAUAUGAUGAUAAUGAUGUCUUAAUGGGUAUUUCGAAAGUCAUGAUCUUGGCUUGGUGGAGAAAUAUGAUAUACCCAGUAUGAUUCUAUGCAUAUAAUCUACAUACAUCAGUGCAAACUCUUUUAUCUUGUUAAUAAUGAUUGUUCUAAAACGAGGCUAACAAAACAAUGUCUUUGUCUUUUAUAUAACAGAACCAUUGUCUACUUAUCAAUUGUCUAUGCUGUCGGACAGGUUAUCCUAUCCAUAAGUGCAAUCCAUGAUCUAACUGAUGGAAACAGAGAUGGGAUACCAGAUAAUCCUACUGUCCACGUGUAAGAACUAAUUCCUUAAUACUUUUACUAAAUGUAUAUAAUGUAUAUUUUGUUAUGCAUCUCCAUGUUGUUUUAGUUGAUGUUAAUGGGAUUAAGUAAAGGCAAUGUUUACACAUGUGAAGCUGGUGAUGUGCCAGUAGUAAUAUUAAACUUCUUGCCACAGUGCAUUGUCCAUGAUUGGCCUUCUCCUCAUCGCCCUUGGCACUGGUGGAAUCAAACCAUGUGUGUCUGCUUUUGGUGGAGACCAGUUUGAAGAACACCAGGUAUACCAUUAACUGUAAAGGGUCUUAUUUAAUCAGUAUUGAGGUGUGCCUGGAUGGUGCUUUUAAUGAAAAAUGCAGGCAAAGUAACCAGAUUUCAACAAAUUUCACCUGCAUUUUUAAAGUAGGCCAUAAGUCCACUGUAAUUCACUCUUUUACUAGUACAUGUCCUAAUAGAAGGAAUAGGGUACUAACUGACAUAUGUUUAAGAUAUGCUUUUCAAUCUUGCUCUGCAGUACUGCAAAAUGUAAUGCAGUACCAUCAGGGGCUUAUUAGCCGCGAGGCUAACAAGGCAUUUGCCUUGGGCGGCAGUUUUCAGGGGGCGGCAAAAAAAUGCCGCCCCCAAAUGCCCAGGGCAAAUGCCUUGUUAGCCUCGCGGCUAACGGGCAUGCCGGGCGCUGGGCGGCUCUGGCUGGAGGUCGGGCGGGCGGCUGGCGAGGGAGCUCUUCCUCUGACCUGACUGCUCAGCUCCCUCGCGCGCCGCAGAGUGAGGCUGGGAGCUGGAAGAUGACGUCAUUUUUUUUUUAUGUGAGUGUGUGUGUGUUUGUGUCUGACUGUGUGUGUGUGUGUUUGUGUCUGACUGUGUGAUUGUGUGUGUUUGUGUCUGUGUGUGUGUGUUUGUGUCUGACUGUGUGUGUGUCUGACUUAGUGUGUGUCUGACUGUGUGUGUGUGUGUGUUUGUGUCUGACUGUGUGUGUGUGUGUGUGUUUGUGUCUGACUGUGUGUGUGUCUGACUUGAGGUGUGUGUCUGACUGUGUGUGUGUGUGUGUGUCUGACUGUGUGUGUGUCUGACUGUGUGUGUUUGUGUCUGUUUGUGUGUGUGUUUGUGUCUGACUGUGUGUGUGUGUGUGUCUGACUGUGUGUGUGUGUCUGACUGUGUGUGUGUGUGUGAUGUCUGACUGUGUGUGUGUGCCUGUGUGUGUGUGUGUGUGUGCCUGACUGUGUGUGUGUGUUCCUGACUGUGUGUGCCUGGCUGUGUGUGUGUGUGUGACUGUGUGUUUGUGUCUGACUCUGUGUGUGUGUGUCUGACUGUGUGUGUCUGACUGUGUGUGUGUGUCUGACUGUGUGUUUGUCAGAAUGGAUGUAUAGACUUUCUCGUCUAACUACACAAACAGCACUUUUAAAUCUUCACUUUUCUACAUCCUAUAUGCAGCUGCCACCAGAAGAAAGGAAGGGAUAGGGGGAAUAGACUUGUACUUGCCAGUUUCUCAAGCCUAGCAGGACAACCUCAAAUAGAGGAGAUAGCAGAUCUCUGCUUUCAGCCACAAUAAACAGGAAUAUUUCACCAUUUCAUUCCAACACAGCAAAUACAUAUUAACCCAUUAUAUACCUUUAUCAUGCUUCAUCAGUUCUUAUCUGGUAAUCAUAAAACAACAGUUGGUGACAUGGAUUCUAGUAAAGUGGAUCUCCCAACUCUCACUCUCACUUAUAAUUGAAACUCAUUCUUCUUUUAUAUCCCGUUGUAUCUCUGUUCUAGACAUUUAGCUGUGUUUGUGUGUAAAAAGGCCGAAGAAGCAAUAAACUAUAAUAAAAUAUGUCCUUAAAUUACAGUUCAUGUAAUUAGCCUUUAGUUUGUGUAAAUAAAUUGUUUUAAUAUGUAUCUAAUACUAUCGUUCUGCACAUGAUAGAUUGUUUAAAAUGUUAUACAACCCUAUGUCCAACAGCAUUUAGAAACACUCAUGUAAAAUUAUUUCAAUCAUAAAUUAUGCAGGUUUCCUGUAUUUGUUUGCGUUUAUACCAAUAAUGAAAUAUAUUCGCUUAGAAGGAGGAAAUAUUCAAUUAUACACAUCUCUUGCCCUCGAAAAAAAGAUAAAACAAUAUGCAGAACACUAAUGUAAUUAGCAGUGUCAGAAGUAUAACAGGGUUUCUUUUUCAGGACAAACAGAGAAGUCAGUUCUUUUCCAUUUUUUAUCUCUCAAUCAAUGCUGGGAGUCUCUUGUCUACCAUUAUAACUCCAAUUCUAAGAGGUACACAUUUAAUUUGUAGAAUGUAUUUGUUGAAGAAGUGUUUUAAUGGUUUCUAAUAUUUCAGUGUUUUUCACUAUAAGGCAUGGAUAAAGACUUGUAGUAAAAUAUUAAAGGAGGGUGACAUUUGUCCAACUGUUGACAAUCAAAAAAGCUACAAAAGCAUUUAAAGAAGUUAGCUAGCUUGAUGUGUCUCUUUUUUGUCUAUAAUUUUUUUUUCAUUAAUGAAAAUGAAAGUUUUGCACGAUCUGCGUGUCAGCUAAUGGACGCAUCAUGUUUUAGAAUCCUAAAUGUUUAUAAUGAACCAGAGAUAAUGCAUAGUUUAUAAUGGUGCAGCUUAAUGCUUUGCACGAGAACAUCAAGCGUGUCGAAAACAGCUUUGUAUUCCUAACACUGUAGUGUUCCUUUAAUGGUGGUAGUAGAAAUAACUACUGCUAACUCUUAGACACCUAUGUCCCAGUGCCGCCCUAAGAACAGAAAUCGCCUCUAUACAGCUAUACUACUUUAACAGAUUACCUUUAACCACUACACUACCCUAACACAUUACCCUUAAGUCAUAACACUCUAACCAAGGCAUAAAAGUAUCAUGUAAUAUCAAAAAUACAUAAUGGCAAACGUGAAUUUGUUUAAAAUAAUGACACCUCAAGGGUGUAUGUAUGUGUGUAUAUAUAUGUAUAUAUAUACACACACAGGGCCGGCACAGCCAAGGGGGCGCAGUGUCUGGAUGACUGUCAGGAGGGGAGGAGUACACUGCAUAGAAAGAAACACAAAAAGAGUCUGGGGAGAAAGAGACACACAACGGAGCUCGGGGAAAUUGACAUAUAAAUGGACUGGUGGGAGAAAGAGACACACAAAGGGGCUGUGGAAGAGACGCACAAAGGGGCUGUGGGGUUAAAGAGACACGCAGAUGCUUGGGAAGAGACACACAGAGGUGCUAGGGGAGAAAGAAACCCACAAAGAUUUUUGGGGGUAGAGACACACAGGGGCUGCAGAAGAGGAUAGAGAGAAACACAAGGGUUCUGGGGAUAGGAAAAGCUGGCAAUUUUUGUUUUGUGUUGGAAAGGGGAUGCAAGUAGAGGGACUUGACUUGGGUGCAAAAUAGUUUUGCACCGACCCUGUAUACACAAACUUUGAGUCCAGGCCAACUCCUGUGGUUUGCAUCCCUUCCUGUCACAUGUGCCUUAUUGCAGAAAACCCCAGGAGGAGGAUUUCCCUAAAAUUAUUUGUUUUAUCUCUACAUGUCCCAGUUUAGUGAUUAUUUUUAUACGCAUAUGUGGUUUCAAGACUAAUUUGGAAAAGGCCAUGAAAAGUUUAGUUUGGGGAACAAGAUGAAUUGGAGACUUAAUCAAACUUAUUUUAUUACCUACAUUUUCCAACUCGGUUGUCAACUCACCACAAUGCACUGGCAAGCAAUUAGCAUUCGAUCUCUAUUGCCAAAUACUAUUGGUUUCUCUUUCCUCACAAGUAAGUGAGUUAAUCUCAUAAGAGCAGGCAUUAGCUUGCUAGGUAAAGACCUGACAAAAAUGGGGUGCAUUGGCAUUGUGCCAGACUUAUGUUUAUAUAUUGUAACUAAACCCCUAUUAUUUUUGAUUAAGUUAGAUGUUUUAAUAUACGUGCCCUGUGUACCUUUGCAGUGUAUAUACAACAUGACUUGUGUUUUUUUUUUUCUAUCAGGGCAGGAGUGUGGCAUCCACACAAAGCAGUCGUGUUAUCCUUUGGCAUUUGGAGUCCCAGCAGCUCUCAUGGUUAUUGCACUCAGUAAGUUAUGCACGCUGUGUAUUCUGUGUACAAGCUGAACAUAUCUGUACUGUGUACAUAAAUGUAAGGUCGUUAAAUUCAACUUUAUCUCUACCGUAUCUGCUAUUGAACCAAAAGAAGGAAAAUACCCCAAAUUGGUUUACAAUAGUUUCACAAAAAGGGAAAAUAUUAAUUUUUGACUGGUUAGUACAUAUACACCCCUACUCAUCAUCCUUUUCUCAUCUCUCCCCAACGUAUAGUGACUUUGACUCUAGAAUACUAAACAUUCUUCAUACAGCUUUCUUACUUACCGUAAUCUAGCCUGACCUCAUUGAUCUUCACCUGCCUUUACUCAUUCUUGAUAUGGCUGGCUAUUGUAUAAACUCACAGAGAAGGUGCAAAUCCUAAAAUAUAUAUUUUUUUAAAUUGUAGAAAAUUAUAUGAUAUAUGCAAAGUUGAAAAAUAAUUUCUGUUGCUAAAAUAUUGUGCAACACAUACUUAUAACAUUGCUUUUUACAAACAAAUAGAAAUGAGCCAAAGGACAUUUUUAACAAUCCCUCUUAUCUUACAUGCCUUUCCCAAUAUGGUUUGGUCUUAUGAUAUUCUUAUUAAUUUUAAUAGUUGUGUUUAUCGUUGGAAGUCCAAUGUACAAGAAGGUGUCACCUCAAGGCAAUAUUAUGGUACAAGUGUCUAAGUGUAUUGGGGUAAGUAAAACUAUUGCAACCAUUGCUGUGUGUGACACUCCAUUUAGAUCUAACGGCAUGAUAAAAGUAAAUAUAAAUACAUCUAAAAGACUUCAGGUUAUGGAAGUGAUGUAUUUAACCAAAUAAUUUUGGCUACUUGUAUAUCAUAAAGUUCUACUAGUUCACAUAAACUUAUUGUUGGGUUUUAGUGUAUAGGUUUUAAUUUGGGGUGGGGGGGGGGAAUAAAUAUAUGUCCGACGUAUAAAGUAUAAUUGGAAUCUAAGCAUUCUCACUUAUGCAUCCUUACAUUUUAGUGAGUAGUGAGUAAGUAAGUGAGCAAGCCAGCAGGGUAGGCUUUUCACAAGACAUUGUCCUGACUUGGAGGAAUGGAGCAUUGCAGACAGAGUUAUAUCAACCCAGAUCUCUUAGCAAGUACUUGAAAUCAGGACGAUAUCUUGUGAAAAGAAGAGGCAUGGCUAAGGAAGCAGCAUUAUACUGCAGAAAAUGGCAAUGCAUGUUUUUGUUGCUUUUUUAGCAAUGCUAAAGAGGUUUGAAUGUGAAGAAAAAUAAUCAAGAAUGUACCUAUCUCAUGUAAUUAAUUUGUGUUGGUGCCUUGAGUCCCGAUAAAUGUAUUUAGGUGCAAAGUGACUGUCUCAAUGUAUAAUGAAACUCCCCCUAGGAACUUCCUGUUGUGAUCACUUAGCUCUCGGUAUCACAAUGAUUCAUUUCAUCAAAACCAGAAAACAAUCAUUUUUAAUAUACAGUGUAUGAGCAAAGCAUAAACACACUGUAGAUCUAUAUUACAUAAUUCAUAUUGAUUAUCCACAAUGUAAUACUAUUUCUCUGGUCAAUCUCUUGACAGUUUGCAAUCAGCAACAGAUUCAGGAAUCGUAGUAAGAGCAUUCCAAAAAGAGAGCACUGGAUGGACUGGGCAAAAGAGAAGUACGAGGUACCAAAGCGCUUCCUAAUUUUCCAACCAGCAGAACUUUGUAUUGAAAUAUGCCUAUCGAAAAAACUAAAUGUAUUCUUUCCUUAUUUUAGGAGCGUCUCAUUGCACAAAUUAAAAUGGUUGUGCGAGUCCUUUUUCUGUACAUUCCCCUCCCAAUGUUCUGGGCUCUUUUUGAUCAACAGGUAAUGACAUAUUAAUUUCUAUAUUUGAUAUAAUCACAUGCAUGUACUGUAGGGUCAUUAAAAGAUAAAUAUAUACUAUUAAAUAAAUAAAUACAUAUAUACUAUUCGUGUAUGAUGUGUCUCCUAAUAUCAGUGUCAUCCAGUGUUCAGUGCAAGUCUUUUUAAAAUAAGAAGUGCACCUUUUAUGAUAAACAUGACUUUACUUCAUCUUAAAGAGAAUACAAUUUCAUCUGUAUAUUGCCAUUCCCAAACUGCUAACACAUUUCUAUUUGUCAAGGUAUUCUUUAUGUUGUGACUUAUCAAUGUGUGUCCAUCUUCCUGCUUGUAGGGAUCAAGAUGGACUCUGCAAGCCACAACCAUGGAUGGAAAUUUUGUAAGUCUUCAUAAAGGACACACUGUUAUUAUUAUUAUUAUUAUAUUACAAUUUGCGGACUUGCAACACUGAUAAUUCCUACAGUUAGUAAAACAAAUGUUACACUCUUCUAUAUUUUCCCUCUUAUAUGUAUAUAAACUGAUUAUUCUUCUCCGUAUCUAUCUUCAUGGCCCCUCUUUCCCUCUCCCUUCUUCCCUUCAACAACGUCCUUCAUUGAUAGUUUAGAGCAGCCUUAACAUUAGAUACUGUGUUUUUUUUCGUAAUUGAUUCCAUCACUGCUACUCUGGUGUGUGGUUCUCUGUGUGUGCUGGAGAGAGCAGAAAAAUCAUGUCUUCCUUGGUAGAUGUAUUAGGUGUAUAUGCUGCUGGUUGACCCGCAUGUAUGGCCUCCAUAACUUCCUGUAGUGUGUCCAGGAAGGCUGCAGGAGGGAUGGCUGCGUUGAUCAAGUGAAAUAUUAUCUUCUAAUCUUCAAACUGGCCCAUUGUAGCAUUAAGCUUGUUAAAGUCCAGUCACUCACUACCACCUACCAGUAAACUACCAGUAUUUUAUAUACGUAGUUUUAUUGAAUGUAACAAUUAUUAUAUUUAAAUAACAUAUGGUAUCAUAUUGUAAUACAGAGAAUCAUUUUGUUUAGUACUGACUAAUAAUAUCCUUUAUUUUUAUUUUAGGGAGCGAUUCAAAUUCAGCCAGACCAAAUGCAGGUAAGUUACCAUUACUCUUAUUAUCCUAGAAAAGAAUAUUAACGUUCACAUUUUGUAUGCUUUAUUAAUAUUUAUUUCUUUUUAUUUUCUAGACUGUUAAUCCCAUCCUGAUUAUUGUUAUGGUGCCGAUUAUGGAUGCUGUGGUGUAUCCUCUAAUUAAAAAAUGCAAGCUUAAUUUCUCGUAAGUGUAAGCGCUGUAUUGGGUGGCAUUUAAUGCUCAAUAUAUGUUCAUUGUUAGUUCUAUACUUUUAUUUCAGAUUAGGAUAAUGUUUAUGUCUAACUGAUGAUCAAAUGUAACUAAACACAAAUAUAACCACAUAAUAAGUUAAGGUACUACCAAUGCAAGACAUUUUAGCAUGUUCAGAUUGCAUUACAGGUGGCAGACUGAUGCUGAGAGGCAAUUAUAACACAAGCUCACAAAAACAUUCAAAUUACAAAUUGGCCAUUUCUAAAGUAAUAUUUUACUACAGUUGCACUCUUCUUCAAACAGGUUGGUUAUAAUCGCCAUAGCUUUACAGAUUGACCACCUUUAGAUUAAUUUAAAAAAACUAGGGAAUGUGGAGUAAAGAGUAGCACAUUGCUAAGCUUAGGCAAAAAAACAGAGCCUCUAGAAAAAAUAAAAGAUUUGAAAGAUGCUUGUAGUUUAGCAAUUUUGGUCUAUAUAUUCACGUGAAAUAUUUUUUUGUUCUUAUUUUGUUAAAAUAUUUGUUGGAUCUAUUUUUUAACACCAGUUUGUAAUACGAGACACUAUAAAGUACACAUAUUACUCUACUACUGUACAGUUUGAUGUAUAGCACACAAGUAAUCCUCUCCACAAUUCAUCUGUUUGUUAUUCUCCAGUUUUUAAAAGGACAUUUAAAGAUUUAAUCUGCAGUUCUACGAUUUUACUAUUAAAAAUGUAUAGCUCCCUAACCCUUUUUUCUGCUUCAUCAUCUUUUUUUUGUACACACCAUCCAAAUAAUAGAGUAAAAUAGGAACAUUAUGUUUAUGCUAGAAAUAAUGUUUUUACGACCUUCAGCUCCCUCACAGUCCUGGUACUCAGAGAGUCAUGGCACUGCUGCCGAGUUACCAUUCAGAGAGCACACGACCAGAAGCAUUUGCUGUGGUCUACACCUCAUCACACACAGCCAACGCCACAUGAAUCACAUUCAGCCAACCAUACAUAAAACCAACACACAUAACACUUAGCCACACUCACUCAGAGGACUUUACAGGUCAUCAACGACUGGAAAAUACUGUAUUUAUAUAGAUAGAUAUUGUUUGGGGGUGCGUUGAUGAAGCUAGCCUUGGGGCAGUUGAGAGGGUAAUUCCAAUCCUGUAUAUAUGUAUAGAUGCUCAUUAGAUAUACUUUGCUUUGGAAUUUUUCUUACACUGUUCAUUGGUGAUGCUAUACUGAUUCUCUCUGCAGUGUGGAAUUGGUUCUUUAGUCAUUAUUCAUUGUGUUCUUAAUUCCAUAGACCUCUGAAGAGGAUGACUGUUGGGAUGUUUCUUGCUGCUAUGGCCUUUUUUGUUGCUGCAGUGGUACAAAUAGAAAUCGAUGUAAGUAUACAAAAAUGUAAACUCCUACAGCCUCAUAUGUCAUUAAUUAAAUCUAUACCUGGUAUUUGUGUGUGCCUUAUUAUUACCAAUGAGCAAAACAGCUAACUGCUGGCUUUGAAGGUAACUUAAAGGAACACACCAUGCACAAUUGCCACUACCUGGUUCUCCCCAAUGAAAUUAAUCAAACCUCUUUAGAACAGUUUGACUUCAUAUGACAAACUUUUCCGUUGUGAAAAAAGGGCAAAGCAGUUUUGAAACCAUGAAAGGUUGGGGACAGCAAAUAUAGAUGCCAGAGGAUUGCACCUGGGACUGCCAAAACAUGUGAGGGUUUCAUAUAUAAUAUACAUACAGAACAAUAGGGGUUGGGAAUCAGAGUAGCUUUAAGUAAAACAAAUGAAAUAAAACAAAUUAUACACUGUCCAUAUGAUAGUAUAAAAUCGUGUAUGUAAAAAGAACAAACAAAAAGUCCAGGAUGAAAUAUAAUAAUAUAAAUAAGUCUGUAAGGGUUUGACUGUAUCUUCAGGUUACUAUACCUUCCAAAUGUUCAGAAUCCAGGAACAUAAAAGAGAAGAAAAAACUCCAGUUGUGCAAUAUGUAUAAAAUAAGAUAAAAGCUUAAAUAAAAAGAAAUCCAAAUGGCCUACUCACAUGGGAUAGUGAAUAAAGCGCUCUUGAAUAAAGCGCUUGCCAGGGCUCGAGUCCUGCAGGAACGCGUGGGAACGCCGUUCCCGUUGCUCCUGCAGGCACUCGGGGGCGGCAAAAAAUGCUGCCCCCAAAUGCCCCCUGUGUUUCCCCUGAUGGCCACCUGAUGGACCCCCACCUGCUUCCCUGUCAGACGCGGCGAGGGAGCUGUGUUCUCCCAGCUCUGCUUCCUCGCGCACCAUUUGCUGAUGCCAGGAGCCGGAAUAUGAUGUUUUUAUCUUUCCAGUGAGGACUUCACCAAAUAUUCCAAGGUGGGGAUUAUACCACCUAUGCUGAUUACACUGAGCGGGCUAUCUGCUCAGGUAAAUGUGAGUAGAACCUAUUUAUUUUCACUCCUGGUUGAAUAUAUUUUAUACAGAGAGCACUAUCUUUGCACUUUUUUAUUUUCACAUAUAUCCUGCUGAUAAGACACGUGCUGGUCAAUAUCUUCCACCAAUAUCCCUGAAGUGGGGAUCAAAUCCACUGCAAGCGCUUUAUACUAGAGCUGGUCUUAGCUCAUGUGAGUAGACCAUUUGGAUUUCUUUUUAUUCAAUCUUAUUUUAUACAUAUUGUACCAUUGGCGUUUUUCUUCUCUUUUAUGUUCAUGGUUUCUGAACAUUUGGAAGGUAUACUAACCUGAAGAUAAAGUCAAACCCUUACAUUCUUAUUUAUAUUAUUAUAUUUUAUCCUGGACCUUUUGUUUGUUCUUUUUAUAUACAGUAUUUUAUACUAUCAUAUGGACAGUGUAUAAUUUGUUUUAUUUCAUUUGUUUUACUUAAAGCUAUUCUGAUUCAUAACCCCUUGGCGCACCCUAUUGUUCUGUGUUUUUAUGAUUCCUUUUGGGUUUUUGGGAGAGAGUAACCCGUUAAGGUGUGCUGCCUUCCCUACCCAUAAAAUAGUGUUAUUCCACUACUUGUUUUUCCGUUUGCUCAGUUUCACUAUUUGUCAGGGUGGCUGAAACCUUUAUUGAAAGCAAGCUUGCAACUAUGCAGGGUUGUAUUUACACUGAGCAGGGUUUGUAUGUUUGAAUGUAAGCAAGUUUUUGUAUAGAGUAUGUAUGUGUGAAUGUAGGGGUGUAUUUGUGUGUAGUGUUAUGUGUUAAUAUGUACUCUUGUUAUUUGAAAGCAAUGGUUUACUUGUGUGUACUGUCUGCCUGUGAAUGAGGUGUGUGUCUGUAUGUAGUGUUGACCUUUGAGAUGUAUGCACAUAUACAUAUACACUUCCACAUACAUAAACCGAUACACACACACACAUAUAUACAUGCAGAUGCUUUGACACAAAUACAGAUACACACAUACAUGGGUACAGAUAUGCAAAUACACAGACACCCACAGACACACAGGUGCAAACAUUGACACACAUGCAAAAACAUACUGACACAUACAGGUGUACAGCUAUAUACACUGACACACAUGCAGAUAAAAAAAGACACACUAACACAAGUAGAGAUACACAGACACACACACACACAUUGAAACACAUGCAGAUACACAGACAAAGAUACAAACACUGACACAUACACAGAUACUCAAGGGCACACAGAGAUACACUGAUUGAUAGAUAAACAGACACACAGAUACACAUACAGACAAAAACACACAAACACACAUACAGACAUACAGAUACACAGAUACAGAUACAUAGACACACAUGCAAAUAGAUACACAGAUAGAUACAGAGAGACACAUACUAAUACACAGAUACACAUGCGUGUCUGUUAGUCCACCCAUUGUACAGCACUAUGGAAUUUUCUGGCGCUAUAUAAAUAAUAAUAAAAUAAUAAUAACAAUGUAAUAUUUUUUUACCAACCCUCCUCUUUCCUACCCUCACUGGGGUGUAGUCUGCUGGUUGAGGCUGUUGGGAGUCAGAGGCUCUCCCCAUCCGUGCUCUGUCCUGUCCUGUCUGUCACAGCUCUGUGUUUCCUUCCAGGCUACCAUUAUAAAUGUGGGCCAGUCACGCUGUUAAAGGAUCGCAAUAUACGACUGGGUCCUUGAAAACACAUUGCCAUUGGGUGGCCCUUGCACUUGCGGCCAACAGUGGAGCUGCAUUUGUGGUAGUUCUGCGGCACACCAAGCACAGUGCUGCAACACACUGGUUGCGGAGCUCUGCUGUAAACCUUCCAUUCACAUGAUUCAGAGUUAUUUGCAUUAUUGUACUUAUAAAUGAACAAACUAAAAUAUACUUGUCUUCAUAUAUGUUUGCAGAAAACUCUUCCCAACUUCCCACCGAAAAGUGAGUUUCAACUGAAAGUCAUAAAUUUAGGUUCAAAUGAUGCCAACAUUUCUUAUAUGAAUAACCCUGAAGCUGAUUUCUACAGACUACUGGUUCCUCACCAGGUAUGUUUACCUGAAAGCUUUUCAUUGUUUUAUCUUGAUCUAAUAUAUUUUAUGUAUUAUAUAUAGCAUAAUGACAGAUGUUUGUUUCAUUAGUGGUGCAGUUUUCAUUCGUGGCUGAGUGCAACAAUGUUUGUCGCUCUUAAAAACCAUUCCCAAAAUCCAAUCUUCUGCAAAUAUGUAAUAUCUUUCUAAACUAUCUGACAACUAACUCACUUCUAAAUUUGAAGAUUUGCCUUUAGUAAAUAAAUAUAUAUUAACCAAUUUACUAACCAAAUUAUUCUUUAGUAUAGAUUCCAUAUAUCAAUGUGGCUUCCAUGGACCAUACUUAAAAAAAAUAUUCCAAUACAAAGCAAAUAAUUUGAAGAACUAACAAGAAUGCCUACUUCAGUUUAAUAAUGAUAACCUUUAAAAUGUUACUUCAUAGAGUGAGGAUCUCUGCAAAAUAUCUUCUUUUAAAAUAAUUUUUUAUCUAUUGAUUAAUUUGUAGAAGAAAUCUAAUUGUACUACCAAGCCAAUGAAAACAUCCUUGAUCACGUCAACCAUAAAUAAAAUAUAGGAAGAAACCAGUAUUGCAGAAUGCUUAUUGCUGUGUUUACUCCUAAAUUGGAUUUUAAAAAAGCCACCAUUAUUCAACCUUAGUUUGCAAACUCGCUUAGUAAGUCCCUAUUAAAAUGUGCAAUUUCUCUCUUCUUUGCUGCUUAAACCACAAUGCAAUAUUAUAUAGUAUUAUGGACAGUACUGAUGCUAUUUUAAUGCUAAUAACAAUAAUAAUUACUUUAAAUAUAUCUCAAUUAUAUACUAAACCUUUCUUUUCCCCAGGCGGGUAACUAUGAGACCCUGAAGCUUUCCGCCAAUGCUUCUGUUACCUUUGGAAAUGAAACCGUGAAAAUUCCCCUCGGAUAUGUUGAAGGGAAGACUAGAUACACAUAUAUCGUAACAAAUACUCCCUCCAUCUUUGGAGAAUUAGUAAGUAGUCUUUUGUUUUAAUCCUUCAGUUUGUUUUUAUAAAGAUUGAAGCUUGACACUUAAAGGGACACUAUAGUCACCAGAACAACUACAGCUUAUUGCAUUUGUUCUGGUGAAUAGAAUCAUUAUCUUCAUUUCUGGCUUUCUGCUGUAAACACUGUCUUUUCAGAGAAAAUGCAGUGUUUACAUUACAGCCUAGUGAUAACUUCACUGGCCACUCCUCAGAUGGCUGUUAGAGAUCCUUCCUGGAUAAUGGCUGCCUAAAAUGCAUCCAAACAUUCAGUGUCUCCUCCCUCUGCAUGCAAACACUAAACUUUCCUCAUAGAGAUUCAUUGAUUCAAUUUGUCUCUAUGAGAAGAUGCUGAUUGGCCAGGGCUAUGUUUGAAUUGUUCUGGCUCUGCCCCUGAUCUGCCUCUUUGUCAGUCUCAGCCAAUCCUACGGGGAAGCACUGUGAUUGGAUCAGGCCACCACUUCUGAUGAUGUCAGCAGACAGCUUUUUUUUCUGAAGGCAAACAGCAUGCAAAUCUACAGCUUCUGGCUUGAAUACAGUAAGAUUUUUGCUAUAUUUAUGGAGGCAUGAGGGGCCCACAGGGGCUGGAUGGUGGUUUUAACACUAUAGGGUUAAGAAUACAUGUUUGUGUUCCUGACCCUAUAGUGUUCCUUUAAAGGGACACUCCAGGCACCCAGACCACUUCUGCCCAUUGGCGUGGUCUCGGUGCCAACUCCCACCACCCUUAACCCUGCAAGUGUAAUUAUUGCAGUUCUAUAAAGAGGGACUUCUGUGUUCUUAGAACACGAAAAGUGUUCUAAGCGACGCUAGGCGUCCUCAUGCUAUGCAUGAGUCCCUCCAGCGUCGCCAGAAUCCCCAUAGGAAAGCAGAUAUAUGAGGCAAUAGCUCCAGACACAUCGGGCUUAAAAUGCCUGUUGUCGCAGCAUUAUGAUCAAUAUUUUGAGCCUAUCAAUUGUCUUCUAACAUUCAAUUAAAAUUUCAAUCCUACGAUCAACCAGCCAAAAUAGCACAGACAAAGCUGUAUAACAAAAACAUGUUGUUGCAAUUAACACAAGUUAAAUAACCUUUACAGAGAGGGAGAAAGCAACAAAUAUUUUAAAACCAUCCACUGCGCCGACAAGGCAUCCAUCUCAAAGCAGCAACAACUGACUUCUCUGUCCUGAGGAUGUGUAAAUGAUAUGCAUCCUUUUGAGACAACUGUCUCAUUCAAAUAUGGCUUUGGCCACAUACUAUGGCUUUAAAAAUGCUCAUCUUGCCAGUUCUUCCAAAGUAUCCUGUUUUUAGCUUUCACUAGUCUAAUAUUUACUUGUAUAAGAUUAAUCAACACAUCUGGAUUUAGUGUAAAACCACAUUUUCAUCAUAGACAAUACUUAAUUCACUAUUACCAUCUGGCACUUUUGAGCCAUAUAGCCAAUAAAUAAGGCAUACUUCUUUACCAAUAAUUUAUUCAAUGUAAAAAAAAAAAAAAAUGGUAUAGCAGCAUGACACCACAAAGUGUUCUUGUUGUCUUCUUUUCAGUAGUCAGUCAGUACUCAAAAUGGUAGUCAGGUAGUACUUGCAGGUAGCCAUCUGGAACCACUCGCACAACCACAAAAUUAUUUUUUUAAUAACUUAAACAGGCACAUAGAAAUCUGGAGAUCCUUGUACAUGCUAGGAAUAACUCAGUAACGCAUAGAAUAAUCUGGGGGCCAUUCACACAUGUAUAUAUGGAUUUAGAGCCAUUCACACAUGUACAUAUUGAUUUAGAGCCAUUCACAAAUGCUCAGUUUUGGUUUGUUUUAUUUGGUGUUCCAGAGAAGCAACUCUCAUCUCAAAGGUUUUGGUAAUCUAAAUGCAACUAACCACACACACACAGCCUCUUCCAUAAUUCUCCUAUUAAAAGAUGUAUGAAAUAUGUUUACUAGUGUAACCAGUUUAUAUUUAAUUUAUUUUAAGGCCACAGAUCUAAGUGAAAAGCCAGAGCAAGGAGGAAACCAAAUCAGGUACCUGUUCUAGCACAAGCAAUUCUAAUUUACAGCAAUGCAUACAGAGACACUCUUUAACCAUUGUUAGCUAAUAUUUUAUAGACCCCUACAGGUUUUGUCUCCUACCUGCAUGUACCCCAUAUAUAAAUUUCAUGCACUGUACCACGUUUCCAUCAGCAUACAUAUACUGUUUCCAUUAUUUUAUUUUAUCUGUUCCCAUCAUUAUAUGCUUAUCAUUUCUAUUAGUGUACGUUUCCCAUUUCCAUCAUAUAUCAUAUAUACUUUACCAUUCCUAACACUAUAUACCUACCAUUCCCAUUACUUGGGAAUAUAAAAUUAUGAUUUUCCAUCCAUUACUUUAUGCUAAAAACAGAGAGUGGAGUCAGCGCUAAUAUAUCAGAAAGAGAUACAAAGGGCAGCAAUCCCAAACAAGGACUCCCUCAAGUGUCCUUGAGAUAAAUACGGAAAGCAAACAAACAGAAGGAUGGGACUGCGCCAAUAAACAAAAUUUAAAAAGUCCUAAUUAGGGUAUUGAAAUAAAGUCCAGUGUAGUGAAACUUGGUCUUAUGUUGGUCUCUGAAGUUGUGGAAUUUUGCAAAAUUCCACAACUUCAGAGACCAACAUAAGACCAAGUUUCAUUACACUGGACUUUAUUUCAAUACCCUAAUUAGGACUUUUUAAAUUUUGUUUAUUGGCGCAGUCCCAUCCUUCUGUUUGAUUACUUUAUGCUAACCUUUCCCAACACUGUACAUGUACUGUUUCUACCACUAUAUGCUUACAUUUCCUGUCACUACACACUUACUAUUUCCAUCACAAUAUGCUUAGUGUUCUCGUUAAUAUAUGCUUACUAUUCCCAUACGCUAGUACAAUUAACUGGUCUCCCACACUAAACCAUUUAUAUUCUGCCCUGACUGAUGCAAUACCCCGAUCGUUAUUGAGUUAAAUGCUAAAGAGAUUUUUCACUAAACUGCGAGGCUCAUUUAUAGGACAAUAUAGAUAAACAUUUCCCCAAAUGGGCAUCUUCUCUAUUUUCCACCUAUUUUCAUUGCAGGGUUAACCCGUUUCUAGUGGCCGAUGUACUGACAGUCACUAGAAAAGUUUUCCCAGCAAUAGGGGAGUAAAACUCAACUAUUUUAGUCAGAUGGUCUCAGAUAGACCGUGUGAUUGGUGCAGAGCUGCGUUUUUCUGUGCAGGCGCACCUGCCCCCCAAGGCUUCCCUUUAGGGAUAUUUUGUAUUUUACUGCUGUAGUCAUGGUCCUUGAAUUACUUUUUUAAUUUGGAAUUAUAGUACAUGUUUAAAUACCACUGGCACCUUUAGUACCUUAUUAUCAUUAUUCUCAUCAUUAUUUGUUUUCAUCCUAUGUAUACUUUCCUUCAGUUUCAUCUAACAUGGACACUAUAAAUUCCAUUUAAUUUGAAAUCCCUGUAGUCAGGGCAUAACACUUCACUGUCUACACACGGAACCUAUCCAUGCCUAAAUGUUACUUACCACUGUAAACCUUCUCUUGUAAUGUGACCACUGAGAACAGAAAAGGCAGAAGCAUGAUAAGCCACACUUCCCCGUAAUGACUUGCACUGCAUCUGACAAUUACUAGUAUGUGUAGUCCUUACAACCAUGCCCCAAAGGCUGAAAAGAAAAAAAAUAUAUAACACUUUAUACAUUUAAAUGGAAAUUAGCUAACAUCAAGUAUAAAUAAAUAUGAUUACAUAUAUUAUUAUUGUAUGAUUUACAAGUUAGCACAGUUAGGGUAUCAAUAUAGUAAUAACUUUACUGUGAUUGACUGGCUGCAGAUAUCAGCUAUGCACCUAACUUAAUAGGGACAUUGUUGACAUCUAUAGAUUUCUACAACCUACAAUAUUUUUAUAGUGAUCACCAAUAUUUUCUUUUUUAUUUCUGCUAGUUAGGCAUACCAAGUGUAUAUGAGCUAUACACCAAUAGGGCUUGUAUCAUCUUUCCUACCCCUUCUUUUUAUUUUCUAUAGGUGUAUGUAUAUGUUUGACCUCGGUGGAAGCCUUUUAAAUUGAUAUAAUAAAUGUCACAUUUCAUAGUAUUCUACUCUUGGGCCCUGAUUAUGUGUAGUGGGGGUCCAUUGCACACUUCUCGGAUCUGAAUUUCCACUUAUCAAUGCAAAGUGGACUUUUUAAGCUCUGAUCUAUACAUUUACCGUACUUAGAAUUGUAUGAUUGUAAUUAUAUUGCUAUAUAUUACUGUAAAAAUUACAUUUUGUUUUAGGUUUAUCAAUAAUCUUAAAGACUCGAUCAAUGUGACAAUUGCAAAUGCGGAGUUGGGUGAGAUAAUGCCAUUGGGGUUUUCCAACUACACCUUGGUAACUCUUGGAAUGUAAGUACAGAAUGACUUGCUUUUCUAUUCUUUCAUUGGUUACAUUCAUUGGGCAGGAUUCUUCUUGGUAAAAUGUAACCAAGAGUAUAACAAGCUACUGCAUAUUUUCCUAGCACAUUCAGCUUUUGCCUUCUUAGCGAUGUGCAAUGGUCACACAGAAUGAAUACAGAAAGUGCCUAUCCAUAGCUAAAUACACGUUACCUAAUGCUAUAUGUAGCUGUCAAAUAUAAUACAAUCAAUCUAUGUGGUUAGUGGUGUGAAUCAUUUCAGUCAUACCAUGUUAUUUUGUCCUUAUGCUGCUUGGAAAGUACAUUAGUGAAGUUAGCUAUCCAGGAGUCAUUGUCCCCCAUUUUGUAGAAUCUGAUGGAUUAUUUUUUUUUAAUAAUAUAUUAAUACGGGUAUUCACUAAACUGAGAAUUGUCAUGAAUUCAUAGUGAAUUUUAAUGGAAAAAUAGGUGAGCUUGUAUAAUUCUCAAAUCGCCUAUGCUUCUAUUUUGGCCACUUUGGCCUUAAAUUGUAAAUUCUCAUGUUCGUGAAUAAUCCUGUGAUGUUUAAAAAAAAAGAAAAAAAAAGAAGCUGCAAUCACUAAGUUGCUAGGGACGCCAUGCACCUUAGUCCAAUAAUGGCUGAAGUGUAAAAAAUCCUAGAGGUCAGCUGUUUUUCCAGUUCAAUUAUUUUCGUCUAAAACGUGCACCUCCAUGUUAAUUUUUCACAAUGACUUCCCUAGUAAAUAAACCCAAGUUAUGAUGGACAGAAAGAAGAUGAAGAACUCAAAUCACUAGUUGCCGCGGCUCCCCUCCCCCCAAAAAACAUUUAAAAUCCAGGAUUUCAUUCAAAUGGAUACCGGAUGCACUGUAACUGCUUAAUUUCAUUUAAGUGUUUAUACUGUCAGGAGGCCCCUGGCACCAUCCUUCCAUUUAGCAUCAUUUUUAUAACGCUUAACGUGAGUCCCUACCGCCCAUCCCCUCUUUGCUGCUCGAUCAUUUUAGAAAGCAUUAGCCUGAGUAACCAUAGGCGCCUGUGAUUGGCUGAGAGUGUCAGAUGACUACUUUCACAGCUCCCAUUGCUGGUAUGAAUCUGCAUGGCUAGAUCGAGGCGCAUAAUCUGUGCCUUAGCCUUACAUUCACUGGGGUUCAGGAUGUGGGUGGAAAGAGGCCCUUAUUCAGUGUUAAACUUCUCGGAAAUAGGUUAUCACUGAAUGGAGGGACAGCACCAGGGGACUUCAUACACUAUAACCAAUUCAAUGAGAUUACAUGGUUACAGUGCCUACAGUGUCCAUCUAAUUUAAAGCAAUUGCUUCGUGAUUAACUAAAUAUGUCUUUAAAAGUAUUCAAGACUCUAGAUGAAUUUUAUUUUGAUGGAAGAAAAAUUGAAUGAAAUGAUCAUGGUUAAACAUCUGUCAUUUUCAGAUAUCGAAUUUAUAAUGGCAUCAUCAGCAAGAUGAAAGCUAACAGUUUAUUUUAAAUGAUCAAAAUUAGCACAAUGGGGGUUGAGUAGGUGUUGGAAUCCAAAAAGGGUGGUUAUUUAUAGGAAUAUUCGGUGACUUAUAGUCUGGUGGGGAAGUAAAAAUCCCCAGUGUAUCAGAGGCAUCUAUGUAUAGCCCCAUCACGGAACUGCAGAACUUGGAAUGUAAUUCUGAAGAGUUCUCAUGGCUCCAUUUCCAUCAUGAUAUAUUGUGUCUAAAUGUUAAAUACCCUGAGUGGUAUUUUCAAAUAAAUAGUAUUGCACAUAUUUAUUUUUUGGAAUGUUUUUGCUACUUAAAACAUAUGAACUAACCUAACAAACAUAUUCUACCUUUUCUCUAGAAAACAUAUUUCUGGCGUUAUGGCAAAUGGUCAAAGAUGCUCAGUAGACUCAAUUAAGUUUGGAUUUGGUAGCUCAUACACCAUAAUCAUUAAUAACGUGAGUAAAUGUACUUAAUCCUACUGUCUUUAACUAUGGGAAUUUGAGCACAUACAUUAUACACUGGCCAGCCACAACAUUAAAACCACUGACUGAUGAGGUGAAUAACAUUGAUUAUAUCGUUACAAUGACACCUGUCAAGGGGUGGAAUAUAAUAGGCAGAAAUUGAACAGUCAGUUCUUAAACUUCAUAUGUUGGAAGCAGGAAAAAUGGGCAAGGGAAAAGAUCUGAAUGGGAACCAGUGUCAAGGUCAUUGGCACCCGAAGCUCAUUGAUGAGCAUGGGGAGCGAAGGCAAAGCCGUCUGAUCCGAUCACACAAAAGAGCUACUGUAACUUAAAUUGCUGAAAAACUUAAUGCUGGUCAUAAUAGAAAGGCACACAAACUGAAAAAUGGUGUGCUAUACCUAUAAAACAAUAUUAGAAAAAAAAUGCAGCCAAAGUGCAGCAAGUAUAAAGUGCAAAACAAGUGUGUGAACACAGUGGUAUUUGUUAAAUGUGUAAAAAAUAGUAAACAAUAAAUUGUGCACAAAUAUGAAAUCAGCCACAAAGUGCUCCAAAUAAAGGAAACACUCACUUUGAAUAUGUCUAUAUGAAUAUGAUGGAGGUUUUCAGUAUAUACGGUCCAUACACAUAUAGUACCAUAAAAGGAAAAGAAUAGGGAUUGUUAAACAAAUAAAAAUAUGGCAAAUACACUCACAAGCAAAGACUCAGGUAAGCAGUAAUCCGAGCAAAGCGAUGUAGAAGUAGAAUACAAGCUUUAUUUAAAUACAAGUAAAAUAAAAACACCCCUAGCAAAAGCUAUUCCCUUAAGGUGAGGGCAACACUGGAAACCUGGAGUCUGAAUCCCGGCACUCACAGAAUGUCCUCAGGUUCUCGGGCGCACCUCACCACUUCUGGGAAGCGGGGCUUGGUAACGGCAGUAUAAUGACAUCCAGACGUGAUGACGUCAACAGCGCGCUGACUAGUUUCACCUAAACGGCCUCCUCACAUCACUCUCCUGUCCUGCUGUUACUCCUUAUUUAAAUCCCUACAAAUAGGUGUGGAUAAAUUCAAACUGUAUGCCGAUUGGUUCUCUUGUAAAACUAUUGAGUCCAUAAUGAAAGUCCCGAACGCAAAUAUAAGAGAUCUAUCAGGGGAGAUGUUUGGCAUAUCUCCUACAUAUUGUUUUGUAACUGAUGGAUAAAAUACUUCUGCCUCGAAAAUACAGUAACACAUAUAAGAAAACAUAACAUACAAAGCACAACCUACUAUAGGGGAAAAAAAUACAAAAAAAUAAAUAAAUUUUAAAAGAUUUGGGGCAUAUCAUCUAAAUGUUGCUAUAUGCCCCUUACAUUAAAUAUUUAAUGAUAGAUAAUUAAAACACUCCUAUUAGUUAAAAUCAAAAUCACAUAUAUAAAAAGACAUAUAAAAUGACCAACUUUAGGGAAAUAAGGGAGAAAUAUAUUAGUAUUAUAUGUGUACCACCAAUGUUACAUAGUUGAAUAAAAAGUUGAUAAACAAAAUUUAUAAAAUCAAUAAAAAAAACUAAUGAAAGCACCUAUAAAAAUUGUACACAUUAAACUCUAUGUUUAGCCCUUUAGGUUCUAAAGUACCCAAUUUGUAUACCCACUUAAUUUCUUCUCUACCUAUUUUAAAAAUAUAAUUUCCAUUGUGCCAAGGCCUAUUAACCUAUUUGGAUGCCAAAUAAAAUUAACCCACUUGGAUCUUUAUUGUGGUAUUUCUUAAAAUGUGCAGAAACGCUAGCUAGUUUUUUUGUGUUACGUGAUAGAAAGGUGUCAGAACAAACAAUGUCCGGGCACGGGAUCCAUGGGGAGGUGCACCCGCCCCACCGCCCAACCAUCCGGAGGGCACCCCACAAGCUACAGAGCCCCAAAGCCCAAGCACACGUUGGGCGAGGCACUGCCACAUUACCACCCACCAAGCGACGUACCACAAAGCAGAGGAAAACGGAGAAGCGGCGGAGGGCAGUCAGACGCCACCAGUACAAGAGCUCUUACUAUCAACCUACCUCUGGCCCUCCUGAACAAGCAAAGACCAGGCGGAAUGACCCGAACAGCUGCUCCACCAAACGGGACACUCAUCCAGCAUCGAAACCCCCCAGGGGGGAACUCAGAGGUACCACUUACCCACAGUGUGCCCUGGGAGCUUCCCUAAAACUAGGGAUUGGCUGAGCCGGAGACUCCCCGAGGACAGAGGACUAAGCAACUAAUCUCUGAGUCCCCUAUACUAUUGAUGGACACCAUCUUCUUAUAAUGCGAUACCAUACCGUCUUAGAUAGCCUGUAUCCCAGCAGUUAAUUAACAUAUUAAUCAGCGAGCAUUUAACAUUUCUAUAAACCUUUUAAUAUGUAUCUCGCAGACUAUCACCCUAUUACUAGGACAUCUCACCUUUUAUACACCCUUAACUUACUUAGUGCAUACAAUAUGCCUAGCUUGAGUCGAAUAUCCAUAGUUAAAUAGUGCAGAACCAUUAAGAUCGCCAUAUAACGCAAAAUGCUGGAAUAUACGUCUCAUUAAGCAAUGUGUUUUAUCAAUCUUGUGGGCAGAUUACCGUCUACCUAUAUGCAUUAUUUUUAUCAUACUUAAUCAGCCUAGCUAAGGGUGUUUUCUUGUUAUCAAAUGUUACCACUAGCGGUUACUCCUCAUGUCCUAUGCAUAAUUGGUCUGUCGUGUUUAAACUUUAUAAUACAUCUAGGCACGCUAUAUUUCGUAAAGCAUCAGAUGACUACUCAUGUAUAUCCAACCUACAUCUGUGCUUCCUGAUGCAUUAUUGUGAUUUCUUACAAUGUUUAUUUUUCCUUUCACUCUUACAAAAAAUUGUGCAGAUUGUCUUGACAUGCAAACUACUUUUGUCUCCCUACUGUUCAUGGAUAUACGAUAUGUCAAUGCAUACCUGUGUUAUUACCACUGCACAAAAAAUAAAGAAUUUAUAAAGAACAAACAAUGCACUGCAGUUUGCUGCUUAUGGGGCUGUGUACCUGCAGACCGGUCAGAGAACCCAUGAUGACCCCUCUCCGCCGCCAAAAGCUCCUUCAGUCGGGAUGUGAACGUUAGAACUGGACCAAUGAGCAAUGGAAGAAGGUUGCCUGGUCUGAGCAAUUACGUUUUCUUUUAGAUCAUGUAGCUGGCCAGGUGCAUGUACAUAUGUACAUCAUUUACCUGGGGAAGAGAUGGAAGCAAGAUUCACUAUGCAGGGUUAUGCUCUGGGCAAUGUUCUGCUGAGCCUCCGAAUUCUCCAGAUCGGAAGCCGAUUGAGUAUCUGUGGGAUGUGCUAAAAAAACAAAUCCAAUCCAUGAAGGACAAUCCUCACAACUUGAAGGAUUUAAAGGGUCUGCUACUGAUGUCUUUAUGCCAAAUACAACAGGACACGUUCAGUGGUCUUGUGGAUUCAUGCCUCAAUGCAUCAGAACUGCUUUGGCAGCAUGAAGUGGACCUACAUGAUAUUACGCAGAUGGUUUUAAUAUUGGUGCUGAUCAAUGUAUAUUUAGUUUUAAAGUUGCAGUCAUUAAGAGAGGCAUUAUAAUAAAUCCUGGCAAUUUAGAAAGAUUGUGGCAGGAUUAUAGAGAGAUUAAAGGAUCACUAUAGUGUCAGGAAAACAAACCCAUUUUCCUGACACUAUGUCAUGCUUGAGGGACCCUCACCUUUAGGGUUCCCCUCCCAUGGCGCUUACUUUUAUCCAGCGUUGGUGACCCUCAGCGCUGGUGAUCUCUCCUCCCCCGUCGACGUCAGCUCCCAAGUGGAGCGGAAUGCGAACAGUCGCGCGCGCAUUCUAACAGUCCAUAGGAAAGCAUUUCUUGCAAUUUAGCAUCCAGUGUCAUAGAAGCGCCUCUAGCGGCUAUCAGGAAGACAGCCACUAGACCUUGGAUUAACCCUGCUAUGUAAACAUGUAAAGGGUUAAAACUUGAGGGACGAGGCACCCAGACCACUUCAUUGAGCUGAAGUGGUCUGGGUGACUAUAGUGUCCCUUUAAUAAUCAAAGAACCUCAUGCUCUAUCAUGCAUCUUUAUGACAGUAUACAAAAUUUUUUUAUACAGUGUAAAGUACUGUGUUCAGCACUAUAAUAUUGCCUCAGUCUUUUUAAUGUGAUAGCAUUGUAGCAUUACUUCUAAAGAAUGCACUUUUUUAAAGUUUACAUUUUAAUGUCCAUAUUAGUGAAUCCACAAUCAAUGUGGUCAAAUAUAGAUUAAGGGGUAGUUUAGGAUAGUUUAUUUUUUUAAUUUUUUUUUAAGGAUUAACAAUUAGUGGAGCUUACGGUUAGAGCAGUGCUGUCAAACUUAUUUGUUCUGAAGGGCCUUGAGGUGAUUGAAAUAGAUGCCAAAUGCCCACAAUUUAUACACACACAUGCACACAAGAAAAAAGAAAACACAAAGAACAGCUUCACAUAAUGCCAUAAAUGUAUUCUCACAACAAUGAUGUACUUGUGUGUAGUGUUUGGAUGCUGUUGUGUGAAUUUAUGUACUUUGUCAUUUGAAUGCCGUGGUGUAUUUACAUAUUGUGUUGGCUUUGGAAUGCAGGGGUGUGUUUACGUGUAGUGUUUGAAAGCAAAGGUGUAUUUGUCUGUAAUGUUGGUGUUCCAGUGCAUGGGUGUGUUUGUUCAUUGUUGGAUUUUGAAUGCAUAGGCAUGUACGGCAUUGAUGCUUGACUGCAGAGGUGUAUUUGUGUGCAGUGUUGAUGUGUGAAUGCUGGGGUAUAUUUGUGUGCACUGUUUAUAUUUGUGCAUUUAAAUGCUGCCACACACAGAUGCACACACCGACACACACACACACAUACUGACAAAGAUAUGCAUACACACAUGCACACAUAUACAGUAUCCCAUUUUCUCUACACCAGGGCCUGACAAAUUUUCUUUGAAUCUAGGAGAAAAAAGUAGUGUACAUUGCUUCCUAGUGACACCUCUAAUGACAGUCACUCAAACUGUCACUAAAUGUGCUUCCUGUGUCAGUGCUGCACAUUGUGCAGUACCAACAUUUAGUGUCUCCACGCACUGCAUGGAGACACUGAACGUUCCCCAUAGAGAUGCAACUGAUUCAAUGCAUCUCUAUGAGGAGAUGCUGAUUGGUGCAGCGUUUUGGAGCCAAUCCUAUGGGAAAACAUUGGAUUGCCUGAGAUCACCCAGCUUAAUAAUAUCAGCCAUAGAGGCAGGGCCAGUCGAGGGGAGACCAGCACAGCGUGAUAAAAAAAGGUGAGUGAAAACACCAUUCCCUUGUAAAUGGAAGGGGUUUGGUCACCUAAACACACACAUCAUGACAGACAGACAGACACACACAUACCAUGACACAGAAAGACAGACACACACAUACACACACCAUGACUAACAGAGAUACACACACUCACACACCAUGACAGACACACACACAACAUGACACACACACACAAACCAAGACAGACAGACCCAUACAUUCACACUGACAGACACACACUCACACUGACAGACAUACACUCAUACAUUAUUGCUUGUUUAUAUCUGGGGGUCCAGUGGGCGACCGUAUGGGGGAUCGUGCAGGUGGGCAGCAUGCUGGGGGGUCGCGGAGGCGAGCGGGCUGCUGGCUGUGCGUAUUGUUGCCGGCUGUGAGGGAGCUGCUCUGCUCCCCCGCGAGCUGCUUAGUGAGACUGGGGCCGGAAUAUGACAUCAUGGGUGAGCAGAGCAGGGACAUCACAGCUCUCUCGCCGCUUUCCUACUAAUCAUGCAGUCAGCAGCCCGCCUUGAUGACCACCCAGCAUGCCACCUUCCUCCAUAAUCCCCCAGCUUGCCACUGGCCACCUGCUUCUGAGGUAAGGGACUUGCAUAUCUCAGACGCCAAAGCAAAAUUCCUAGGCGCCAUGGCGCCUGGGAUUUGUCGAGCCCUGCUUUACACUGUCAGCUCAGUUGAACAGGACUGUCAUUAUAAGCUCCUGUUCCAUUUGUUUUUCAUAAUUUACCUUUGUUUUCUCAAGGCUGCCAGCAGAAGGUAUGAGGCAGUUAGAAGACACUUAUAAGUACACUAGCUCCUAUUUACACAGAUUCAUAUACUCACAGACACACAUAGAGAUGGGCAUUGACACUCACACAUUCUCACAGAUGUACAUUGCCACUCAUAAGAGGAAAUGGAUACACAUUGCCACACAAAGAUAUGCACAUACCUACCGCCCCACAAAUAGCCACACUAUAAUAGUGUACAUUCAAACAGAUAUACACAGCCACACACAGAUACACAUAUAUACACAGCACAUACAGAUACACACAGACACACUGCCACAAAUAUACAAAAACAGAAACACACUGUCACCCCCUGACAGCGAUUAUUUCAUAGAGCUUUACAGAGAAUAGAUAAUUGUGGUAACUGUUACUAUUCAUAAAUCAUGCUGUAUUUACAAAAUAAAACUGGUACAAACAUUUUUUAUGAUUUUAUGAUAAGUUUCCCUGUUUUCUUCUUUUAAAUCAGUGUACCAAUGAGCUAGAUAUUGAAUACGUUGAAGAUAUCAGUCGCAACCAAAUCCAUAUGGCUCUUCAGAUUCCGCAAUACUUCCUUAUUACAGCAGGCGAGGUUGUCUUCUCAGUCACGGGGCUGGAGUUCUCCUACUCUCAGGUAUGUAAUGUCUCCAGGAAAUGAGGUGAUCUUUCAAUAAAGACUUGCUAAUCCUUAUUAAAUUAUAGACAAUUUAGUUUAUAGUAAUAGCUUAGCUUUUCACAUGAAUGAAAGUAACAAGCACACAUUAAAGCAGGGCUGUUGCUUGGUCACAAAUACACUGGGGAUCAAGCCAAAGUGAAACCAGAUGAUUCCUUCACCAAGAUCGUGUCCUUGGACACACUAAAAUGCCACGCUUCAUUUAAUGCAAGCUCUUCCUCUUUUUCCAUGGUUCCCUACCUCCUUGUAUUUCAUGGAAUCUGAAAAAAACACAUGUACAAACACAAACAUACCCUCAAUUUCAUAAUUCCUUCCUCCCAUAGUACAUUCUACCAUGCAUGGCCUUUUCUCAUUUUAUAUCCUCAAAUAGUUUCCCUUUCCUCUAAUCCUAUAAAUUCACACAUUACAUUACUUUUACUAGUGGUGUAGUGGUAUGUUGUUUGCUGUGUAGAAGCAGUAUUGAACCAUUUAUCUCUUCCUUUAUGCUGUGAAGCUCCAGAUAAUAGAGGAAGUUGGAAUAUCACACAUAUUUUUCCAGUCUUCAGUCAUUGGAUGUAUUUUGUACCAUGAAGGAGAAGUUAAAGGAGCAUAGAUCACUGCUGCUCCUCCCUCACAGUGGUGGUGUGAGUUCUAUAUUGUAGUCCACUGCUGUGGAGAUAUACCUAUCAUCACUGAAGUUUUAAGAUGUCUAUAUUGCUCCUUUGCUAGCUGGCUGUGCAACAGGACACUCAAGGAUUGCCAUAGGAGGGUUGGGACAGCCAUCUUGUACAAAUGCCAUCUGAGUGCCCCGUAAAAAACAAACAAACUUGUUUUCCUGAUAUAUCCCCCUAUUACCGAGCCCUCCAAACCACACACACACCCCAUUAGCACCCUGACAGUUAGCUGAACCGAUUAAUGCCAUUCUUCCAGGCACCGAAAUAGCCUAAAUAGAGGUGCAAGUCAGCAGCCUACUACACGCCGCCAUUCCUGGACCUGGGGACACUGCUUGGCGGGCCACCUGCUGAAAGGUCGGAGGACGCACCUUCAUCUGCACGCACUACUCCAACCACCAAAAUGCAGGCGAAAGCAAGCUGCUCGCACAAGCCGACUGUUGAGGUAGCUGGCAGGGACAUAGGGGAGAUGCUGCAGCAGCCAGCUCUACUUGGGCCUACUCCUGUGGAAGACCCUCCUGAGUCUCCUUUACCACCCUUAAUUCCUAUGCCAGUGAGGCAGGACAACACCACCACGGCCGAAAAUCUGCUGGAUCAGUCCCAAGAUCCCAAUGAUGACUCGGCCCCUACCACAAAACGGGACCUCAAGUUACCACUGCCUGACAUACAAAAAUUGCUGGCCGCAGAUGUGAACCUUGUCAAGCUUAACAUCCAACAUGUCAUAGACCGGGUGAGAAUCGCGGAGGAAGAUAUAAUGGAAGUACAAUCCAAUCUGUCUUCCCUCAAGUUCAACAGCUGCAAAUUGAACAGCGGGCACUAUCAACACGUAUGAAUGCUCAGGAGGUUUGUCAAGGCCGAACCCACAUAAAAAUCAGAGGUAUACCUGCUGCAGUCUCCACCGAAGAAUUGCCACAAUAUAUCCGACGUGUAUUAUCUACUAUACUGUCACACGUAGUCAUAGAUGUAAUUUAAUGCAUCUCAGACUCCGCUAGAUCUACCCCCACUAUGGUCAGGGACGUGAUCCUGCGCUGUGUAUUGGUCCAAGACAAAAUCCAAAUCAUGCUGGCCCUGAGGAACAACACACCCCUUGCCUUUGAGGGUACCCACCUUGCCUUCUUUCACAACCUUAUGAGAACCACUUUGUUAUGGAGGAAGUCUUUUGGUCCUGUCACAGCCCAAUUGAGAAAUGCUGGAGUGACCUAUAGCUGGGAAUGAAUGGCUCCCUACAAGCAAACCACAAUGGGACCAUGCACACUCUAACCUCAUCAGAAGUAGCUCCUACCUUCAUGAAACCGCUGGGCCUGCCCGCCUUGCCUGCAAACCAGCACCUAGUGUCACCUCGAGGUCUCGGGGAGCCAACUAACAUCACUACCUUCAUGCCAAGAGCGGGACCUUCACAAGACCCAGCAACCUCAUUCAAGAUGGGAACUAGCCUAGCCCACCAGGCAUGCAAGCUUCAUGGCUGCACUAACAAGGAUCUCAGACACUCACAUUCCAUACACUCGUGACUCACUUACAAGUUCUCUUUUUAAAUAUUCUGUUCCUGAUUUUCACCCUUUACCAUAUAUGUAAUAUAUAUAUAUAUAUAUAUAUAUAUUUCAAUUUCUUUUUCUUUCUUUCUUUAUUUAUUUAGAUUUUUUAUUCUACACUACUAGCUCUCAAGUGUUACUAAACGGAAACUUAGGCUCAGUACUAUAAAAUGAGCAAUGUUUUAGUACCUGACAGUCCCUGGUGGAUAUCGUAGAGCCCGGUAACUCCACUUCGGCCCCAGAUGAUAGGUGUCGUCAUCUAUAUUCCAAUCCCCCCUCCCCCUGCUACCACCAAUGUUAGAGGAACCACACCAGGAUGCAUAUUAUCCCCAUGCAUAUGGCAUAGCUCGUAUACCAAGUGAACUUGUCUGCAGUAAUACGCUAUGUACAAUUUUAUGCUAAUUUUUAUACUAGCAUCCUAAUUGCCAAGAAAAUGUUACCAACCCCAUUUACUGUCUAGCCCCCCUGGAAACCCCUGGGAAAAUUCAGCUUUAGCUCCUCUGUCAUUAACCCUGCCGGGUCCCAGGCCACCAUCAUGUUUUAACUUUAUCAAAAACAUGUCAUACUUUCAGGCCUAUACAGUGUCACCAUACAACAAAACAUAUUAUCCAUACAAGCAUAAAUAUUGUGGCAUUUAUACAUUCACUCUUGUUUUUCAUCCCUUAUGUUGUAUUGCUAUUAUAUCUCAUUUCUGUCGCUCAAUGCACGUCUAUAUGGUUAACCGUGUUUAUAACUUUUUUAUAAAGUGCACCUCUUAUGUCAUGUCAGCCCUUUCAACUACCACUAUUUACAUGCUGUGUAAUUUUGCAGUACUGACAUUGUGCGCAUGUAUGACAACUUUUGCACUACAAAAAAAAAAGAAAUAAUAAAAAAAAGAAAACGUUCAGCAUUAUUCACUAAACUCUGAAAUGUAGCAAAUCAAAAGCCAAAUGACAAAAUGAAGCUUUAAACAGAUAUCUGGAAUAAUUCCCCAGCUCAGUCAUUCUAAUAGCUUCAAUGUAUCCAUAUCCAUGAUAACCCUUAUAUAUUUUAUUCUUAUCAUUACUAUCACACGAAAAGUAACAAUUUUUUUUCUCUUGUGAUCUCUUCCAGGCUCCUUCAAACAUGAAAUCUGUACUACAAGCGGGGUGGCUGCUCACUGUUGCCUUUGGUAAUAUCUUAGUCCUUAUCAUAGCUGGUGCUUCACAUAUUAGCCAACAGGUAAAAAUAUAUUACAUUAUAAUUAAUAUUAUUAUUUUACAUAUCGUAUUAUUUUCUUCCUUUUGACAGAUUACUUUAUUUCUUUUAUGAUUAAAAAAAAAAAAAAAAGGUUUACUAAACCAGUUGGAAACAAGAGUACUUAGGAUACAGUCACAGUGAAUCAAAGUAAUACAAUGUAAUAAAUAAAGUCCUGUACAAUGCAUUAAUUCAUUUUCCUUUACUUGUAUCAGUUUCUGAAAAUGAUGUGCAUAUGGCAUUCUGCAGGGAGUAAUCCCUGCUGAUGAUACCCAAGGACUACAAUGCUAUGCAGCGAAUGUACUUUUUUUUUUUAUUUAUAGUUUGUGGGUAAGAGAAGAGAGGAUGUUGAUCAGUAGACACUUUGUUACAUAUAUUAUUCACUUUGUUUCUCUUUAUGCAUUGUAAAUCAGUUCACUCCAUUUUAAAGAAAUGUACUAUCUGCUGUAUGUCGUUUUAAAUGUUGAGGUUGAAAUUAGAUUUUUUUUUUUUUUUUAUUCAUUUCAUUUUCAAGUGUCCAUCUUUGGAGUAUUCAUAUUUGGAGUAUUCCAAAAGUGUCCAUAUUUGUAGUAUUCCAAAAGUGGAUCAAAGAGGUGAAAGGUCAAAGUUGAGUCAUUGGGUUUGUAUGGUAAUAAAAUAUAUAGAAAAGUUACAAAGCGUUUAUUAAUGCACCAUGACUUCAAACUCUGUUAUUCUUAAAUGAACAUGCGAGCUGUAUGGGUAAAGAGCAUCCACCUAACGGCCGUAACAGUGGAGUUUCACAAAAAGCCAUAAGAUGAUAUGAUGGAAACCAAUUCCAUAUUUAAUAAGACAUUGCAUGGCCUUUGUUUAAAGGAACUCUUUGGGGUCAGGAACACAAACAUGUAUUCCUGACCCUAUAGUGCAAAACCCACCAAUAAGGUGGCUUGCCCCCUUAACUUAUUUCCAGCGCUGUGAGGGUCUGCAACAUCAUCAGCUUUCCUCAUGGGAAAAGCAUUGGAUAGGCUAAAAUCGGCAAGGGGGUGGGGCCAAACACAAUUUUAUCCAAUCAGCACCUCCUCGUAGAGAUGCAUUGGACCAAUGCAUCUCUAUGAGGAAAAUUCAGCGUCUCCAUGCAGAGCGUCAUGUUGUAGUUGUUCUGGUGACUAUAGUGUCCCUUUAAGAAGUGCUGCAAUAAAUCAUUGACUAAAACUACCAAGCAAAGAUAUUACUUGCAAACAUGCAACACUAAACAACUGAUAGAUAUAUUCCUAAAACUCAGUUUUUUUUCUGUUAUUUUAUCCUUUGUAUUAAUGGCAUUUGUAAAGAUUAUGUCUUAUUUUCAUAUUUCUAUUUCCUUGUCCUGCCUCACUGUAUAUAAAUCCAGUUACAAAUCAUCACACUGACGAAGGACCUUGAUACCCAGCUUUCCUCCAUCCCAUUUGUCAUCAUGCUUUCUGGUAGCAGGUUUUUUGGAAAAUAGAAGCAGAACAUUGUUUCUGAUUUAUAUAAUUUAAUUAAAUGGGUAGAUCAAUAUGAUGUCCAAAUACAUGGAUUUUUUUGCAUGAAAUAAUAUAGCAAAUUUUAUAUUUUUAAUCCCAGCAUGUUCCUUGUCAGAAGCUAUACUCGAGCCUAACUGUUAAUGUUUAAAGAUUCUGUCCAGAUUUUGUGUAUUGUAUUACUAUUGGCAACUCAGUUGGCCCAAUUAGAUUGUUACAACUGGAUUGACUUGUUCUAUAGUAUAUAGUCACAGUUGAUCUAGUGCCUGCUGCAUAUUUAUUUACUAGCAGUUAAGCUGGCCUCUCCCAUAUAUUUCAUAUUUAAAAGGUGGUGUUCAUAGUAGGUGAACCCUCCCAUUUCUUUGGUCAUUUCCUCAUCUUUCUUAUGUAACAACCUAAAUUAUCGGCUUCCAUACUAUUCUUUGGGUACCCUCAGUACUCCAUAGUUUAGUAAUAUCUCAACCAGAAUACACCAGUCCAUAUAUCAUAAAUCUUUUGGGAGGUCACAAGAACCUUUUUUUUUGUUUGGGAAGGGCUGACUUGGGUAAUGUGUAUCAUUUAUUAUGAAGUGUGUUCAUGGCAUAUACAACACAGCUACCCUAGUAAUUACCCCAAUGGUUCUAGAUGUACAGAUAAGUUUCAGCAUUAGACUUUAGUGCCCUGUGCCACGGAACAGUAAUCUGUUUUUUAUUUUAUUUUAUAUAGAACUCAUGACUUGUAAUGCAGCCUGCUUAUUCUUAUUAUUACAAUUUUACUUCUAAUGUUAUGAGUGCACUACGUAUGUCUGUAAAAGAUUUAACAUGAUAUUUCUGAUUUUUAUUUUUUUACAGUGGGCAGAGUACAUUCUAUUUGCUGCAUUGCUGGUGGCCGUCUGCAUUAUCUUUGCUAUCAUGGCAUAUUUUUACACCUACAUUGAUCCUGCAGAAAUUGAGGCUCAAUUUGAUAAAGAUGAUGAGAAAAAGAAACACAAGGAAAAAGAGGCACUUGGGAUUGAUAACGAAAAUGGACCUUAUUCACAAACAAAAAUGUGAUUUUCUAUGUAUCCAACUAAAAUAUGUAAAUAUUAUAUAAAAAGGCACCUUGCUUCUUGUACGGACAGUAUUGACUUGCAACAGGAAUUUCAAUGAAGAAAGAAGAGAACUUACAGGAUGCUGUCUAACAUUGCCACAUAUGCCUCAGGGAAUAUUCUCGAAGAUUGAGCCAUACCUAUAAUGUUGUCAUAAACGAGAAUUAUAAUUCGAUUGGUUCAUAGUAUAAAAAAAAAAAUAACAAUAAUUUUCAGCAGCAACAUAAUUGAUGCAUAUCCUGCAUGUAAAGAUCAUAAUAAAAAUAGACAUCUAACAAUGGAUCCUGUGAUAUCAUGAUGAGGUUUUUUUGUUUUUUUAAAUCAUACUUUGUUAUCAAGUAUAAUUUCAAACAUAUGGCUGAGUGUAAGUGAAAAGGCUAAUAAAAGCUGUUUUGUACCAGAUAUGUGUAGAACUGAUGUAAUCAAAGAAAAUAAGACCUUAUACCAUUUCUCUGAUUGUAGCAAAUGUUUAAGGGACAAGUUAAUGUGAGAUUUUCG